GAAGAAGCUGGAGCUGGAGGUAGCGUCAAUGGCCCUGCCAACAGCUCCAAGAACCAAAAUGGAAUUGGAAAUCAGUUCCAAAUCGCCAUCUGCGGAGUUGGUAUGCGGCUCUCUGGUGGCAUCCGCAGCACCAAAGAAUUUUGGGAUUCAUUGACAAGUCAUCUGGAUGCCCGGAUUUCUGCACCCGGAGCCCAGAAUAAAGGGUAUGAUAUUCGCGGCGGCCGGUUGAGUGAAGGCCUCAACUCCUCUGAUGCGCCCUUCUUCACGACUAAUGAUGAGGGGCCAACCGAUUAUGGACCGUAUGGCCAGAAACUGCUCGAAGUGACGCGCGAAUGUCUGGAAGAUGCAUGCGAGGUCAGCUAUCAUGGACAAGAUGCGUGUGUGGCGAGCUAUGUGGCAAUGCCAAGUCAAAAAGAAUCUGAGGCAAAGGAAGUCAAAUAUACCUCAAUCGCAGACCAUAUAUCCCAGAAAUAUGAUCUUCAAGGACCAAGCGUAACAAUUGAGAACGCGGAAGGCUCUGCCUCAUUGCUAGCACUUCAUGAAGCGUGUAACGCUCUUAGGAAUGGCGAUGCCAAAGCUGCUCUCGUUGCGGGUAUCAAUUUAAUGACCACCACGGAGACCCCUAUGGAUGCACUUGAUAGAGAAGCGGUGGUGGCAGUGUUUAUCAAGCCAGUGAGUGAUGCAAUUCGUGAUGGAAAUCCAAUCCAAGCCGUCAUCUGUGCUACCAGCGCAUAUCACGGCCAUGACGAUGCCUCCAUUUGCUCCUCUCACCAUGUCAUUGGCGACUCAAAAAGUGCUUCGGGUCUCAUCAGUAUGAUCAAGGCGAUGGCCUCGAUGAAACAUCAAAUGAUCCUGCCUUCUGUCCCAGCUGCAUCAAUCGGUACGAAUCUGGAAGAGCAACGUCUGCUGCCAGUUGUGGUGGUCGAGUGCUUACAUAAGCCAACAGGUCAAUCUCAGAGCCAGAAGCUCAGUGUGUUUGCAAAGUCUCGCCCAUUUCCAUCUGGUCGAGCUGAGAGAGUUAGCAUCAACUAUUUCGGAAAUGAUGAUAAUGGAGCUCACGCUAUCAUCGAAUCGUAUCGAAACGGUGAUUCAUCGACAAACAGGGAUAAUGCUCGUCCAGAGCUUGUCUUGUUUUCUGCAAACAACGUGACAUCUCUGAACCAGCAGAUUCAGCUUCACCAUGAUUACGCCAAGGCACACCCAGAGCUCGUCUCUGAUAUUGCUUAUACUCGCGCUAUGCGUCGCGAAGCCCUCAAUCACCGUGCAUUCUCUAUCCUCGGAGUCGACGGAGAAUGCCUGAGCACAACGAACAACGCGAAAUGCCCUGGUGCGGCCCCUUCCAUUACGAUGAUGUUCAGUGGUCAGGGAGCGCAGUGGGCAGGCAUGGGCAAAGAACUCUUCCAGCUCGAUGGAUUUGGAGACGAUAUCAAGAGUAUGGACAAUAUCUUGCGUCAGCUGAAAACCCCUCCUUCUUGGACGAUCGAAGAGGAGAUUCAGCGACCCUCCAGUGACUCUCUUUGUCAGAUCAAUUCUGUGGAAAUCGCUUGUACGCUCUCUACCGCUUUGCAGAUUGCACUUCUACACCAGUUUGAGCGGCUGGGAGUUACUCCAGAAGCUGUCAUUGGUCACUCAAGCGGUGAGAUUGCCGCAGCCUACGCUGCAGGCUAUCUUACUUUGAAAGGUGCAAUUAUCGUGGCAUAUUACUAUGGUAGCGCUGCCGCUAUGAGCACUUUCGAUGGAGCUAUGGCGGUGACUGGUCUAAGCACUGAGGAGACCAAAUCGUUCUUGCGUGACGGCGCCGUUGUGGCCUGUGAGAACAGCCCUUUGAGCACGACCAUCUCUGGUGACCGCAACGUUGUGGAGGAGAUUAUGGCAUCAAUCAAGAUGUCCAGACCACAAGUAACAACACGAAAGUUGCAUGUUGGUACAUCAUUUCACUCACACCAUAUGGAAUCGAUCUCCACCGAACUUCUGCAGCUUCUAGAAACCGAAGAGAUUCUCCGGACAGAGCAGUCAGCGAGAAAGGCCAUUUUUAUGUCGAGCGUCAGCAACACAAUGAUCAACGCUGCUGAAGAAUUUGGCCCUAAAUACUGGGUAAAUAACUUGACCUCUCCUGUUCGUUUCUCAUCUGCUGUUACGGCUCUUCUUGAUACCGUUCCCAAGCACGGCCUAUUCCUGGAAAUUGGGCCGCACUCGACCCUCUCUGGUCCACUUUCCCAGAUUUGUGCCGCUAUCGCUGUGCCUUGCAACUAUAUUUCAUCCCAAUUUAGAGAGAAAGAUUGUGUGGUGAGCUUUCUAUCAGCAGUUGGUCGACUUUGGCAAUAUUCUGGUAUUUCGAAUCUUGGCCCACUCUUCACUGGUAAAGCAAUCCCUGGGUUACCUCAAUACCCAUGGAAUUACAGCCAUUAUGAUGAAGGCGGCCUUCUAGAUGCCAAUAAAGUGACCUUGUCGGCAAGAGAUCGACGGGAUCAACUCGUCAAAAGAGCUGCGUUGAUGGCAUCGGCAAGCCUCUCGCCCGAGGAAACACCACAGAAGGAGUUAGAGCUAGUCUUGCGGGCUCUUUGGGCGGAUGUGCUCCAUAAUGUGCUUCAGAUUCGUGUCCAAGAUAUUGGCAGGCUGCAUAAUUUUUUCCUCCUUGGAGGCGACUCCCUUACAACGACCGAGCUCUCCACAACUGCUUAUCGACAUGGGAUUCGUCUGUCCCCGAUAGACAUUGUGGAGAAUCCCGAGCUUGCACGAAUGGCUGCUGUUGCGACAAUCGACGAUACCGAGCAACUAGAAAGCACCGAGCCAUUCAGCUUGAUGCCGAAAGAAAGCGUGGAUGAUAUCAAGACCGAAAUACAGAAGCAAUGCAACCUCAGUGCCGAAACAAUUGAGGAUAUUUACCCUUGCACAACGCUUCAACAGGGAUUUAUGGCCUUAGGGCUCAAGCAGCCUGGCUCCUACAUUCAUCGGCAAGUUUACAAGCUAUUGCCACAUGUUGACAUCGAUAAUUUCAUGGCUUCUUGGGACGUGGUCCUCAAGCAUUGUGGCAGUCUACGGUCAAGGAUAGCUUUGGUUGACUCGCAAGCGGUGCAAGCCGUAGUAACAACCGACACGACCUGGGAAGCUCCUGUUUUCGAUGUCGAUGUGAAUACAUAUCUGAACGAGACUCGAAGUAUUCCUAUGAGUUAUGGAGAUCGUCUCAGUCGAAACACCUUGUUGCAUCAGGAUAACGGCGAUACCUACUUUAUUUGGAUUAUUCAUCACGCCGUUUUCGAUGGCCUGAGUAUGAAGAUCGUACUCGAUGCUCUGCAAAGAGCCUAUCAUACCACGGAUUCCAGCAUAGAGACACUGCCACCAUAUUCAAACUUUAUUCGGUACAUUGGGUCGCUCGAUUCUGAUGGCUCUAGGGAGUAUUGGAGAAAAGAAUUGGAAGGCUCACAGCGAUCCCAAUUUCCAGCCUCUUCCAUAUCUGCAAAAUCCCAGGAUUGCGUCAUGAAGAAAUCCAUCCCGUUCCAGAACCCCAAGGCAUCGAUUACGACAGCAACCAUUAUUCGCGCGACCUGGGCUCUUGUUCUUGCUCAGUAUUGUGGCACUGAUGAUGUUUGCUUCGGUAUGACCUUGUCUGGCAGGCAGGCUCCUGUGCCUGGCCUGAACGAAAUUCCAGGACCAAUGAUCGCUACAGUGCCCAUCCGCAUUCAGAUCAAUCGGGAGAUGCUAGUGUCCGAAUUCCUCCAGAACAUUCAGUCACACGCGUCAAAAAUGGUUGCUCAUGAACAAUUUGGAUUGCAAAAUAUUUCUAAGCUUGGACAGAGUGCAAAAGAAGCUUGUGAUUUUGCUAAUUUGCUGGUUAUCCAGCCAAUGCAGCACCUCUCUUCAGCAGCCUGCUCCUCCCUGAACCCGAUCCUCCGACAAGGCGCAGAAGAAAUGGCUAUAUCUGAGGAAGCCAUGCGGAACUAUUUCAAUUAUCCGCUGGUUCUUCAAACUCGUGUUGGAGACGAUGCGAUUGAACUCGAGUUCACGUACUAUAAUGAUGUUUUGUCUGAGGGCCAGUUAGAUGCUUUGUGCCACCAUUUUGAGCAUGUUACUCAGCAGCUUCUUGAAAAAGGUGAUGCCCCUCUGAAGUCUGUCACAGUCUCCAGCAAGUGGGAUCUGCAGCGCGCCAUAGAAUAUAAUAACGAAGAGCCGGAUAUUGUGUCUUCAUGUCUUCAUCAGGUCAUUGAAGACCAUGCUGCAAAGCGACCAGAUGCUAUGGCUAUUUGUGCAUGGGAUAUGUCAUUGACCUAUAACCAGCUCAAUCUUAUUGCCAAUAGGUUAUCAUGCUACCUUGUUGAUAAUUAUGCGGUUCAGUCGGGCGAUUUUAUUCAUGUCUGCUUCGAAAAAUCGGCUUGGUUCUAUAUCUCGGUUUUGGCGAUUAAUAAAGCUGGGGCUGCUUGGAUCCCUCUCGACCCCUCUCACCCUAUCCAGCGUCAGAAACAGGUUGUAAUGCAAACAAAGGCAAAACUUGCGUUGGCCUCGCCAAGCAACGCCACCCUUUGUGCUGAUUUAGUUGACAAUGUCGUUGAAGUUUCCGCUGCUCUUGAAGAGAUACUGAGAGAGAGAAGACCGGGUAGCAACAGUCUACGCCCAGUAUCUCCAAGCGCUGCUUGUUACGCUCUUUUCACUUCUGGAAGUACUGGAACCCCUAAAGGCUUUGUUAUCCAGCACAGGGCUCUUUGCACGAGCCAAACUGCCCUCGUCAAAAGGCUCCACAUGACAUCGGAUAUCAGAAUGCUUCAGUUUGCAUCAUAUGUCUUCGAUAUGUCUAUUGGAGAAGUUGUUGCUCCCUGGAUUGCCGGAGCUUGUAUUUGUGUACCAUCUGAACAAGUUAGGAUGAAUGGACUUGCUGAGUAUAUACGCACAAUGGAGAUCAAUUGGGUAUUUUUAACCCCUUCAUUCUCUCGCACUUUAAACCCGGAUGAUAUACCUGGCGUUGAGGUGAUGAUUCUUGCUGGCGAGGCUGUGGGCCGGGACAUAUUAGAGACCUGGUUCGGAAAAGUUCGUCUUAUCAACGGAUGGGGCCCAGCUGAAACCUGCGUGCUUAGUACUCUGCACGAAUUUGAAUCUCUCAAUGACUCCCCUUUGACAAUUGGCAGACCUGUUGGUGGUUUCUGUUGGCUUGUUGACCCAGAGAAUCCGCGACAUCUAGCGCCCAUUGGAACUGUUGGUGAAGUGGUGAUCCAAGGACCAACAUUGCUCAGAGAGUAUCUGGCAGAUCCUGCUAAGACCGAAUCAACAACAGUUAAACCUUUACCAGACUGGGCGCCCAACAGCGACUCAGAACACUGGAGUCGGUUUUAUAAAUCUGGUGACUUAUGUAAAUACAAUUCAGAAGGAACAAUUGCAUUCGUUACGAGAAAGGACACUCAGAUCAAAAUCCGAGGUCUUCGAGUAGAGUUGGGUGAAAUAGAACACCAGAUCAAAGCAUGCCUUAAUGGAGUUUGCCAGGUUGUGGUUGACAAGAUUAACAGCGGGGCCGGUUCCAAUCUGGUUGCCUUCUUUUGCUUCAGCACUGAGACAAGAAUGGUAGCUACAGCUAGCACCAAUGCAGAUGGAAAUACUUCAAUGUUCCUCCCAGUCACAACUCAGCUGAAGAGCCAAAUUCUCGGCAUGAUUGGACACCUGUCUGUAAACCUUCCAAGGUACAUGGUGCCAUCUUUAUUUGUCCCAUGCAGAUAUAUGCCAUCAAUUACUUCAACCAAGUUGGACAGACGCACAUUGAAGCAUCAUGUCGAAUUGCUGGAUCCUGAGAGCUUGUCUACUUACUCGCUAGUUGAUACUGUCAAGAACCCACCGGAGACACCAAUGGAGCGCAAGGUGCAAGCCAUUUGGGCAAAAAGGUUGAACAUGCCACUAGACUCCAUCGGAAGAGAUGAUAGCUUCUUGCAAAUCGGUGGUGAUUCUAUUGCCGUGAUUCAUUUUGUGGCCGAUGCCCGCCAAGCCGGAAUCUCACUCACUGUCAAAGACGUCUUCGACGAUCCACGAUUGUGGAGAGUAGCUGCUGUCGCCGAUACGACAAACAGAGACUCCAACAUUGUUUCUAGCAGUAUACCUUUUGAGUUAUUGCAGCAUAACCAAUUCAAUUCAGAUAUGAGAAACGAGUUGCUUAAGCAGUGCAAUCUGGCUAGUUGGGACAUGGUCGAAGAUGCAUUCCCCUGCACUAAACUACAGGAAGGGCUAAUGGCACUCACCGCAAAACAACCGGGAGCCUAUGUUGCAAAAAUGAUAUUCAAGGUGGAGAGGAAUGCUGAUAUUGACCGCCUCAAAGCCGCCUGGGAGCGAACAGUUACUCUUUGUAGCAAUCUGAGAACGAGAAUCGUCCAGCUCAGCAGUGUCCUGUCACUUCAGGUUGUCGUCAAAGAACCUGUGCGAUGGGAAUCGACAGACAAUCAGAACAUGGAUGAUUUCUUAAAGUCUGCGAGCAACAUUCACAUGUCCUAUGGAUCGCCACUUUCCCGUUUCGCACUCAUUCACGAUGACCAUGGUGAUUAUUAUUUUAUCUCAAUUACGCAUCAUUCCGUGUUCGAUGGGUGGUCUCUAGCUCUUAUGAUCAAGACAUUCCACUCAAUAUACCAGAAUAUUGAGGCACCAAAACUGGAAUCAUAUUCCGGAUUUGUGCAGUACACGCUUCAACUGGACUCGGAUAGUUCGGAGAAGUAUUGGAAAACACAAUUAGCCGGAGCAAGAAGGGCAGUGUUCCCUUUGCCGAGAGACGACACUAUCGUCACCAAAUCUGAGAAGAAUAUAGGUAUCUCGUCAAAAGAAAUCAAGAUAUUGCGGUCGACAAAUGGUGCUAUUACCACAGCAACGUAUCUUCGAGCUGCUUGGGCGAUUCUUCUUGCCCGAUACUGCGGUACAGAUGAUAUUUGCUUUGGUGCUUCUGUUUCCGGCCGCAACGCCCCGCUUGCAGGCGUAGAGAAUGUCCUUGGCUUAGUUAUUGCUACUCUCCCCAUCAGAGUCAGAUUGAAUCCAGGUCAGCUUUUGUCGGAGUUUCUUCGCGACGUUCAGAGGCAGUCAACCGAUAUGGUGAUGCACGAGCAAUUCGGACUACAGAACAUAGCUAGACUUAGCUCAGAUGCGAAGGACGCCUGCAACUUUACCAGUCUAAUGGUUGUCCAGCCAAAACAAAUCACAAGCGGAUUCGAUGGAGACGAGGCAAUCCUUGUUUCUACAAGAGCAGAGCAACGGCUGGCAUGGCGGUCAAUGGAAGACUAUUUCAACUAUCCCCUCAAUCUUCAAUGCCAUUUGGGCGACAAUAGUGUGGAGCUAGAGUUUGUCUAUGAUGCGGAUGUUAUUUCUGAACCGCAGGUUCUGGCAUUAACUCACCAGUUUGAUCACAUCACUCAGCAGCUCGUAUCACUAGACAAGGAGAUGUUGCUACGCGAUGUGGCCAUUGCGGGGCCUUGGGAUCUCCAGCAGAGCAUGUAUUGGAAUAACCACGAAAUUGUGGUCGAAGAACAUUGCAUGCAUGAUAUUAUUUCCACACAUGCUAAAUCUUGUCCAAAUGAUGAAGCUUUGUUUGCCACGGAAGGGUCGCUAACAUAUGCAGCUUUGGAGAAUCUUUCUGAUCAUGUUGCUUAUCAGCUCUUGCAAUACAAUGUCCAGCCGGAAACAGUGGUGCCAUUUUGCAUGGAGAAAUCUAUUUGGGCUGUGGUUGCCAUGCUCGGCAUCUUGAAAGCUGGCGGUGCCUUUAUGCCACUUGAUCCUUCACAUCCGGAGUCGCGACGGUUGGCCUUGGUUCAAGAGGUGAAUGCGAAAGUUAUACUUACUUCGCCAUCUAUGGCUACAUCGUGCGAAGGAAUGGCUGAGCAUACUAUUGAAGUUUCCGCCUCGCUGUUGACAGUUGCGCCCAAUAUCAAGUCGGACUACCAUACACUCAGCAAUUACAAGAAACCUGAACCUCAUAAUGCGGCCUACGUCCUAUAUACAUCUGGUUCUACAGGAAAGCCAAAAGGCCUGAUUAUGCCACACUCGGCCGCUUGCACUUCAUUAUUGCGCCACCCUGAAAAGUUCAGCAUUGACAAAUCUUCACGGUCCUUCCAAUUCGCGAGCUACGUAUUUGACGUUUGCAUUUUGGAGAUAUUCGUUUCACUCUUUGUCGGAGCAACCGUUUGUGUACCCACGGAAAGCGAGAGAAUAGGCAACACAUGGCGAUUUAUGACGGAAGCGCGAGUCACCUGGACAUGUUUGACGCCAUCAUUUAUUAGAACACUCGACCCUGAUACCGUCCCUACUCUCCGAACUCUGUGCAUGGGUGGAGAGGCUCCCACUAAAGAUAUCCUUACCAAAUGGCAUGGGAAAGUGGAGCUCAUCAAUGCGUAUGGUCCUGCGGAAGCUUGUGUGGAUGUUGCUGGACAUGUCUUCAAGUCUCAAGACGAGUCGCCUACAACCAUUGGACGCCCAUUUGCUCACAAGCUUUGGAUCGUGGAACCAUAUAAUGUCAAUCGCUUUACUCCGAUUGGAUGCAUUGGCGAGUUGGUCAUUGAAGGCCAUGCAAUCGCACGUGGCUAUAUCAACAACGAAGAAAAGACCAAUGAGUCCUUCCUCAAUGACUUAGAAUGGUUACCCAAUGUCCCAACCGGCGACAAGCACAGAGUCUAUAAGACUGGUGAUCUCGCAAGAUUCAACUCUGAUGGAACAAUUGAGUUCUUUGGGCGGCAAGAUACUCAAGUUAAGAUACGUGGUCAGCGUCUUGAACUCGGUGAGAUUGAAUAUAACAUCAAGGGCAAUCUUUCAGAUGUACAGCAUGUUGUGGCCGACCUCAUUGAGCGUGAAACGGGCAAGAUGAUAAUUGCUUUUGUCACAUUCGAAAACCACUUGUGUGACACCAUGGCAGAUGCUGCUGAUCCUUACGGUAAUUUCAUCAGGGAUGGGAAACUUAAUUCUUCCUUCCAAGAUCUUAUGCUUGGACUACGACGUGUGUUACCAGGCUAUAUGAUCCCGAGCAUCAUUUUCCCACUCCGAGUCAUGCCCUAUACAACCUCAAAUAAGAUCGACAGAAGAGUGCUGCGUGAACUUGCGACCAACAUGUCCCGCGAAAUGAUAUCGGAAUUUUCUAUGGAUAGCCAAGCGAAGGUAUCACCGACCACUGAAAUGGAGCUUAAGCUUCAAAGCCUAUGGGCUCGGGUCUUGAACAUUAACAAAGAAGAGAUAUCUAAAUUUGAUAGCUUUUUAGAAAUCGGUGGCGAUUCAAUUUCUGCGAUUUACCUUUCGAACCUUGCUGCAAAAGAGGGGAUGCUUCUUCCGAUCGCAAGCAUCUUUAAAGACUCUCAAUUAGCUUCCAUGGCUGCCUCAAUGACCAUUGGGCAUGCGACAAAUAAUGACGUUCAACCCUUUAGCAUGAUUGAAGCAGCACGCCUGGAAUCAUUGAUACCUGCCAUCCGUGAACAAUGUGGAUUUUCACGCGGACAAGACCUUGAUGACUUGUAUCCUUGUACGCCACUGCAAGAGGGUCUUAUGGCCUUGACCGCAACGCGACCAGGCUCUUACAUAGCCAAGCGGGUAUACAAAUUGGCAGAAGAUGUUGACCUAGACCGUUUCAAAGAAUCCUGGGAACAAACUAUUCGGGCCUGCAGCAAUUUAAGAACAAGGAUUGUGCUGGAUGGGGAAGUGUCGCUACAAGCUGUGGUAUCCCAUGAUACGUGCUGGGAUGAGGCCGAUGAUCAAAGCCUCGACUCCUACAUGAACAAGCUGAUGAACAUUGAUAUGGGGUAUGGAUCACAGCUUUCAAGGCAUGCGAUAAUUAAUUCAAAUGAAUCAACCUACUUUAUUUGGGUUGCGCACCACGCCAUCUUCGAUGGCUGGACUAUGCAGAUCAAUUUAGACGUUCUUCGGCGUGUUUACGACCAAGAACCUCUUUCGACUCUGUCCCCAUUUGCAAACUUUGUCAAAUAUGUCUCACAACUGGAUCAUGAAGCAGCCAUGAACUUCUGGCUUACGGAGCUGGAAGGUGCCCAGAGGGCUUCAUUCCCACCACCAAAACUCGUGACUGAAUCAGAGACGUCGGUGGCUCAGGGAAUCAAGAUUAUGAAGAGAAAAUUUGUAACUCAGGCCUCCGAGAUGGUGGCUUAUGAGCAGUUUGGCCUUCAAAACAUCUCAAGGCUUAGUACCAGCGCAAAGGACGCUACGGACUUCACUAGCUUGUUUGUCGUUCAGUCGAAUCAGCACCAGCAAUCAGCUGGGGAUAAAGAUAGAAAGCUCUUCACCUCUGAUACUAACGAUGAUACGAACGUUGAAAAUUGGAUGCAGAGCUUUUUCAAUUAUCCUCUGAUAGUAGAGUGUGAUCUGAUUCAAGAUCAGGCUCUCUUGACACUGUACUACGAUUCUCAUGUACUUUCCGAUCACCAGCUUCAGUGUAUAUGCAACCAAUUCGAGCAGGUUGUGCAGCAACUCAAUCUGCAAUAUGGCAAGCCGCUCAAUACACUUUCAAUGGCUAGUCAAUGGGAUAUAGAAUUUGCACAUGCUUCUAACCCUAACAAGCCUCUUGUCAUUGACUCUUGUGUCCACACGCUUAUUGAGGAGCGAACAAAGAUAAACCCUGAUUCGCCUGCAGUGUGCUCAUGGGAUGCUGAUUUUACCUAUUCUGAGCUUGAUGAGAAUGCCAACAGACUGGCUAACUACCUCUCGAGUAUGCUGGGAGUGAAAUCUGGCGACCUGGUUAUGGUCUGCUUCGACAAAUCUGCUUGGUAUAUUGUGGCCAUCUUGGCUAUUAACAAGGCUGGCGCGGCUUGGGUGCCCAUUGAUCCAUCACACCCCCUAGAACGUCACCAGAGUAUUGUUAGCCAGACUGGUGCAACCUUGGCCCUGUGCAACUCUUCGAACUUGUCAAAGUGUACUCAAUUAUUUACCGACGUCCUCGAGGUGAACACCCAGUUCAUCUCUGAGCUCCGAGGUAUCAAAGCAUAUGAAGGCAAGCCAAAUGCGAAGGUUAGCCCUGAAGAUGUUGCAUAUCUCAUUUUCACUUCUGGAUCAACGGGAGUGCCCAAGGGCGUGGUUAUUCAGCACAGGGCCAUUUGCAGCAGCCAGGUUGCUUUGAGUCAGAGGCUCGGUAUGCACGAUGGUGUUCGAAUGCUUCAAUUCUCUUCUUUUGUGUUUGAUGCAUCUCUUUUCGAAAUAAUGUCUCCGCUCAUUUCGGGCGCUUGUGUUUGCAUCCCUUCAUGGGAUGUGCAAAUGAACUCAUUGCCCGCUUUUAUUCGAGAUGUCAAUGUUACAUGGGCAUUUUUGACUCCUUCGCUAGCUAGCAUUAUCAAACCUCAAGAUGUGCCUAGCUUAGAGCUUCUUGCAAUUGGUGGCGAGGCUCCAAGCAAAGAGGUCUUCAGUAUCUGGCUUGGUAACUUGCGGCUGUUUAAUGUUUGGGGUCCUACUGAAACAACUGUCAUUGCCGCAUGUCACGAAGUGAAAUCCACUCAACUGUCACAUCUAACUAUCGGUCAACCAAUCUGCGGCAAUUGCUGGAUUGUUGAUCCCAAGGACCCGACCAAGUUGGCUCCUGUGGGAACGGUUGGCGAGAUCGUUGUCCAAGGACCGAAUUUACUACAAGAAUAUCUUGCAGAUCCAGAGAAAACAGCUACCGCCACUCUCACCUCCCUCCCAGAGUGGGCUCCAAAUCGCGACCUAUGGAAUCGUUUCUAUAGGAGUGGAGACUUAGCCGUUUAUAAUUCUGAUGGCACUAUCAGAUAUUGCAGUCGCAAAGAUGGACAAGUUAAAAUCCGUGGUUUGCGUAUAGAAUUGGGAGAAAUUGAACACCAUAUUCGCAAGAACAUGGAUGCCACCAGUCAAGUCGCUGUCGAAGCGUUCAGGAGUGAAUCCGGCACUAAUUUAGUUGCAUUCAUAUGCCAGAAUAGUGAUACUAUUCCGGCUGCCAUGACCGGUAACAUGACUAGUGAAGACAUCAUCCUUCCCUUGACAGAUCAGUUGAAGAGCAGCCUAGAAACCCUGCGCAAUUCUUUGAUCUCUUCUUUACCUGGCUACAUGGUGCCCACCUUCUUUGUUCCCUGCAGGAAGAUGCCGCUAGUGACAUCGUCUAAACUGGACAGAAAAUCUCUGCUUCGCCUCGCUGCCGCAUUAGAUAGGCAAUGUCUCGAACAGUAUUCCCUAUGUGCAAUGAACGAGGUAAAAGCUAUCCCAGAAACAAAAAUGGAACGCACCAUGCAGGAAAUCUGGGCAGAGAUUUUGAAGAUACCAGUUGAAUCGAUUGGCAGAUACGACAGCUUCCUGGCAAUUGGUGGUGAUUCUAUUGCGAUUAUUCGUCUUAUUGCUUUGUCUCGCGAUUAUGGUAUUGAGCUUCGAGCUAGUGAUAUCUUUAAAGAUUCUCGACUCUCUUCUGUUGCCCUCCAAGCGGUUUCUACCGAUAUUACCUCAGAACUUACUGAUACUGCAAAGCCAUUUAGCCUAUUGGAGCCACAAGUCCAAGAUGAUUUAACAGUACGGAUAAGAAAGGAGCUUAAUUUAGCCCAUUCAAUGGACAUUAAAGAUGCAUAUCCUUGCAGUAACCUGCAGGAAGGUCUCAUGGCUCUGGCAGUGAAACAGCCUGGUUCAUAUAUGACGAGCUUUCACUAUCGCUUAGCAGACCGUGUAAAUAUUCCCAAGUUCAAAGCAGCCUGGGAAAAAACGGUGGAGCUAUGCGAUAUCCUACGAACUAAGAUUAUUCAUUUGAAUGGCUCGUCGAUCCAAGUAGUGGUCAACGAUAGCACUUGGGAUAAUACAGAUGGCAUGGCAUUGCCGUAUUAUCUUCAGUCUAUCAAGGACAUCAAAGUGGAAUAUGGGUCUCGCCUUUGCCGGUAUGCGUUGGUCCAAGACCAGAACUACCAGACGCAUUUUAUCUUAACAAUGCAUCACGCAAUUUUUGAUGGCUGGUCUAUACGGAUUUUCCUUGAUACUCUUAAGAGAGUGUAUAACGGAAUGGACAUUGCACUCCCGACGCCAUAUUCUCGUUUCAUUCAGUACACCAUUGGCAUUAACUCCCAGUCCGCUUCUGAUUACUGGGUGGAGCAACUUCGUGAUGCGAGGAAAGCUUCAUUUCCGCCUGACCUCAGGACAACUCGAUUACGACCUUCGAGCAGUGUUCGCUCCAUGGUUACAAAUUUCGAUCUUCCUGACAUAAGCGCGACAGGUAUCACAAGAGCCACAAUUUUGCGAGCUACUUGGGCUGUUCUUCUUGCACGAUAUUGCGACACGGACGACAUCUGUUUUGGCACGACAGUAUCGGGCCGUCAAGCCUCAGUGCCUGGAAUAAUCGGCAUGCCAGGUCCUGCUAUUGCAACUGUCCCCCUGCGUAUACGAGUCGAUCAACAGAUGUUAAUUGCUACAUUUUUAAACCAGGUUCAGGAACAGGCGCUAGAGAUGGUGGAAUUCGAACAAUUCGGUCUGCAAAACAUUCGGAAACUAAACUCCGACACCAAAGAUGCCUCUGAUUUCUCCAGUUUAUUGGUUAUUCAACCAAAGGAAGCUCUAGACCCUCUUAGCGAUAGCGAUUCGAUCCUUAUUUCAGCUGAUACGGAGCUUGACACAGGGUACUACGCUCUCCAAAACUAUUUUACCUAUCCACUCGUUAUUCAAGGACAUCUCCAUGACGACACUACCCAGUUAGUUCUUAUUUAUAACACCGGAAUCCUUUCUGAAGAGCAGGUUGUUGCAUUAUCGCACCAAUUUCACCAAAUUGCUAAGGAACUUGUCCUCCGGAUGCAGUCAAAUCUUGGCGAUGUCAGAAUUGCUUCUUCUUGGGAUCUUCAGAAAUCAGCCACAUUCAACUCCCAGGUACCAGAAGCUAUAGAAAGCUGUUUCCAUCAACUUUUCGAAAAACAGGCCAUUGAGACCCCUGACGCUUUGGCAAUCUGCUCAUGGGACGGUACUUUAACAUACGCCGAGCUGGAUAAAGCGGCCAAUCGUCUAGCACAUCAUCUGAUGUCUCAGCACGCAGUUAAAUUAGAAGAGCUUAUCCACGUGUGUUUCAACAAGUCGGUUUGGUUCUUUGUGUCAAUUUUGGCUAUCAACAAAGCUGGAGCCGCAUGGGUUCCACUUGAUCCGUCUCAUCCUCCAGAACGACUUCGUCAAAUUGUCAAGCAGACGAAAGCUCAAGUGGCGUUAGCAUCAGAAUCUCAUGUCGCGCUGUGCAGCGAUCUUAUGCCACACGUUAUUGAGGUUUCGGCCUUUCUAGACCAGAAAUUAUCAAGCAAUGAUGGAUAUAGUCAAAAUUCGCCAGCUACGAAGGUGUCGCCUAAUAAUGCAGUCUACGUGCUCUUUACAUCUGGUAGCACGGGUAUCCCAAAAGGUCUUAUCAUGGAACACCGAUCUGUCUGCAGUAGUCAGAAAGCCGUUAUUAAAAGACUGGGCCUUCAUUCUAAUGUUCGGAUGCUUCAAUUUGCGGCGUUCGUUUUUGAUCUCUCGAUAGGAGAAAUAGUUGCACCACUCAUAUCAGGUGCCUGCAUCUGCGUGCCUUCGGAAUGGGCUCGUAUGAAUGAUAUUGCAGGCUUUAUUCGAGAGAAAGAGGUGAACUGGGCUUAUCUGACACCUUCAUUUAUUAGAGUCCUGAAGCCAGAGGAUGUGCCUAGCCUUGAGCUACUUUUACUUUGUGGAGAGGUGACUCCUCGCGAUGUCUUUAACACUUGGGUUGGUAAGCUGCGAUUUAUCAGCGGUUGGGGACCAGCUGAAACAUGUGUUUUCAGCACGCUGCACGAAUGGAAGUCAGAUACCGAAUCUCCAUUGACUGUUGGCAAUCCUGUGGGAGCAUUUUGCUGGAUCGUUGACCCCGAACACCCCGACCGAUUGGCCCCAAUUGGAACCGUUGGUGAAGUUAUGCUACAGGGUCCAACGCUACUUCGUGAAUAUCUUGAUGAUCCUGAGCGGACGAAAUCAUCUAUAGUGAUGCCACUACCCGACUGGGCACUGGAAAGGGGAUCUCAGUGGCCGCGAUUUUAUAAAUCUGGUGAUUUGGCGAUGUACAACCCAGACGGAACGAUCGAGUUCUGCAGUCGCAGAGAUACUCAAGUGAAGAUUCGUGGUUUACGAGUUGAACUUAGCGAAGUUGAGCAUAGCAUUCGUGAAAGCUUGGAAGGCGUUCGUCAAGUCGCUGUGGACAUAUCAACAUCUAGCAGUGGUUCUAAUUUGGUCUCAUAUCUCUGCUUCAGUGAAGAGACGCGUUCAUCGUCCAACUCGAAGAUUAGUCUGGAUGACAUAUUCAUGCCACUUACCGCUGAUAUGCAACCGUUGCUUGCUGCUAUGAUAGGCCAGUUGAAGGUCACUCUUCCUAGUUAUAUGAUCCCUACUCUUUUCAUCAUAUGCAAGUACAUACCUUCGAUCACGUCUACGAAACUCGACAGAAAGAUCCUUCGCCAAAUGGUAUCUCUGCUUAACCAUGACCAAAUAUCGAUGUAUUCGCUCUUGGAUAGUAAUAAACGGCUUCCAGAAACAGAAAUGGAACGAAAAUUACAAUCACUUUGGUCGUCCAUUUUAAGAAUACCUGUCGACUCUUUUGGUCGUGAUGAUAGCUUUUUACAGAUUGGUGGAGAUUCAAUUUCUGCUAUACACCUAAUCUCCAGGGCAAGAGCUGAGGGGAUAUCUCUAAGUGUGAAAGAUGUUUUUGAUGAUUCAAGACUACUCGCAGUUGCUUCGAAGGCAGUUCUCAAUAGCAAUUUCGAAGAAACAGAGUACACCAUUUUACCAUUUAGCCUCCUGCCUGAGUUGUCUCGAGACGCAAUUAUCAAGGAAGCGGCUGAUCAAUGUGAUAUUUCACAGAAUGCCAUUGAAGAUGCAUAUCCAUGCACGUCUCUUCAAGAGGGUCUUAUGGCAUUAUCGGUCAAGCAGCGAGGAUCAUAUGUGGCCAAGUAUAUCUACAAGCUGCCCGGUUAUGUCGACAUUGAACGUUUUAAAACUGCUUGGAACAAAACUGUCAAGCUAUGUGGCGCUCUACGCACGAGAAUCAUUCUAUUUAAUGGUUCACCCAUCCAGUUGCUGGUCAAAGACUUGGGAUGCUGGGAAGCAACAGAUAACGAGACGCUCUCUUCCCUUGUCCGCUCAGAUCGAGGAUCUCGUAUGAGCUACGGCACUCCACUCUCCUGGUACGCAAUCCUUAACGAAGAAGAGACAAAUUACUUCAUCUGGUCAGCUCAUCAUGCUGUUUAUGACGGAUGGACAAUUCAAAUUAUUCUGAGUACUCUGGAGUCUGUUUACCGGGACACGCAGAUGACACCAUUGCAACCGUAUAGCGGGUUCAUCAAAUAUACUUUGUCCCUUGAUCACGACGCAGCGAUCAAGUUCUGGGAUAACGAACUUCGUGGCUCAAAACGAGCCGAAUUCCCAGCUGUCAACGGACUCAACGCUGGAAAUGAGAGCCAGUCUACCCAGGUACACCGAAGAACAAUUUCACUUCCUCACAGAGAAAGAUCAUCAAUUACGAAAGCAUCUAUUUUGCGUGCGGCCUGGGCAAUUGUUCUUGCUCGUUACUGUGAUAGUGACGAUCUCACCUUUGGAACAACUGUAUCUGGUCGUCAAGCAUCAGUUCCUGGCUUAGAAGCAAUGCCGGGUCUGGCCAUUGCUACUGUACCCAUUCGCAUUUCUCUUAAUAGCCAUAUUAAGACCUCGGAUUUCCUUCUCAGCAUUCAGAAUCAAGCCACAAAUAUGGUACCUUUUGAACAAUUUGGCAUACAAAACAUUGCUAAUGUUAAUUCUGACGCAAAGGCGGCUUGCAAUUUCUCUAGUCUACUCGUUAUUCAACCCCCAGCUUCAUUAGGGUAUGACCCUGAGAAUGCUAUACUUCUCUCCGGUGAAACCGAAAAGGCUUUAACUGAAGAUACGAUGGAAUCAUACUUCAAUUACCCUCUUGUCCUCAUCUAUGGAAUAACUGGUAAUAGCGUUGAGCAGCGCCUAUUCUUUAAUCCGGCAGUACUGGCGGAGAAGCAAGUAGCAGCACUCUCGUACCAGAUUGAACAAGUUAUUCAGCAGCUUGCUAAUGAUGUCUGUCUCGGACAAAUCUCCCUUGUUGGAGGCUGGGACAUGAAGCAUGCUGUGAAUUCACAAAUGCUAAAGCCUUCUACUGAAUCUUGUACCCAUUGGGCGAUUCAAGAUACAGUUCGCACCUACCCUGACUCCCUCGCCGUGGCUUCAUGGGAUGGUGAACUUACCUAUGCUGAGCUUGGAAGCGUAGUAUCUCGCUUGGCAGCAAAACUCCAGCUACUUGGCAUAGGUUCUGAGACCCUUGUGCCUUUAUGUUUUCCCAAGUCUAUCUGUGCCGUUAUCACCAUGAUUGCAGUGCAAAUGGCAGGCAGUGCUUUUGUUCCACUUGACCCGAAAGCACCGAAGACUCGUCUGAGUAGCAUACUAGAUGACAUCAAGGCUAAUAUUGCCCUUACGAGCCCUUGUUGUGAAUCGAAUAUGGAAGGCCUAGGUGUUCCUCUUAUUGUCAUUGACAAGGAUUUCUUAGACGCUUUGCCCAACGCCACUGCUUCACAGCGCUCCGGAAAUCCCUCUGAUGCAGCCGUUAUUCUUUUUACGUCUGGCAGUACAGGUAGACCGAAAGGCAUGGUUAUCCAACAUAACGCUCUCUGUUCUUCGGCAAACGCAUAUGGCCGUGAUCUACAAAUUGGACCUGGUACCCGCGUUUUUCAGUUCUCUGCCUACACAUUCGACGUCGGUAUCUUAGAUACUCUAGUUACUUUAAUGCGCGGUGGUUGCCUCUGCAUCCCCUCGGACCAUGAUCGGCUUAAUGACCUACCUGGCGCCAUCAAUAAAGCUCAAGCUAACUGGGUUUUCCUUACACCUACAGUAGCUGACCUUCUUAAUCCUGCUGACGUUCCGACACUUCGUGUGGUUUGCCUCGGAGGAGAGGCUAUAAACCAGAAAACUGCCGACAGGUGGAAAGAUUGCGUUGAGCUUCAUGGUCUCUACGGCCCAGCGGAGGCCUCUAUUUGCGCCUGGAAUUCGACUGUCGGAAAGUCAGGUAAAUCGACUAAUCUAGGCAGACCACUUGCAAGCGCUUUUUGGGUUGUCGAACCAAAUGACAUCCAAAAGCUUGUUCCUGUGGGCUGCAUCGGGGAGUUACUUAUCCAAGGCCCGAUGCUGGCGCGAGGUUAUCUCAAUGUCCGCACUGAGCAGGCAGCAAAUUGGGUCGAAAAAUUCUCAGCAAACUGGCUGCCUCACGACUUUCCCAGUAGAGCUUAUCGAACCGGUGACUUGGUGCGACGAAAUGCCGAUGGAACUUAUGACUACAUUAGCCGCAAAGACACUCAGGUAAAACUUCACGGUCAACGUGUGGAACUUGGCGAAAUCGAAUCGCAGAUCCACAAAGCCAUUCCAGCAGAAAUGUCUGCCAUUGUUGACGUUGUAAAGUCUCACGAAGGGCAGCACCAAGAUAGUCUCCUGGCUUUCUUGUGGUAUACAGACAACUCAGCGCCAAGUCAACAACUGCCAUUAGAAUUGAUCGGUACGCUAUCUGAUGAGCAGCGAGUAUUAAUUUCCGACAUAGACAUGGCGUUGUCUAUUAAUCUACCCUCUUAUAUGAUUCCUUCAUCCUAUCUUAUCUUCAAUGGCAAACCUGACCAUACUACGUCUGGGAAAGUUAAUCGCCGUGCUCUUUUAGAGCUUGCUCAGAACAUCUCAAAUCAGAACCGUUUACGAUUCGCUCCUGGGACAGAAGAAAGGGAAGCCCCAAAUAAGCCCAUGGAGCUCAAGCUUCGGGAUCUUUGGGCUGAUGUCCUUCAUAUCAACGCUGAAGAUAUCAGCAAAAGGGAUAGCUUUUUGCGUAUUGGUGGUGAUUCCAUCAGUGCAAUCCGGCUGGUUACUCUUGCUCAGCGGCAUAACCUUGACCUUAGCGUGGCCAUGAUUUUCCACAAUCCACUGCUGGAACAAAUGGCCAGUGCCGUCUUCGUAAAUGAAGACACUCUCAUUGAUGACGUACGACCUUUUAGUUUACUAUCCAACACUCAGAAAGAGGCUAUCACUCAGGCAACGCGUGAUCAGUGCUCAUUGCCGCAAGUUGUUGUUGAAGAUUCUUACCCUUGUACUGGUAUGCAGGAAGGUCUGAUGGCUCUCGCUGUUAAGCAACCGGGCUCUUACAUUGCUAAAUUUGUUUAUCGAUUGCAAAAACAUGUUGAUAUUGAGACUUUCAAGAAAGCGUGGACACGAACCGCAGAAAUCUGCACCAACCUGCGUACUCGAAUAAUCUACAUUGACGGGGCACCAAUUCAAGUCGUAUUGAAAGAUGAACUCAAUUUUUCCACUGUUGGCAACCAAAAUCUCAAUGACGCUAUUCGGUCGCAUCGCUUUAUUGAAAUGGGCUGCGGCUCAAAUCUUUCUUUAAGCACACUGGUUAAACAAGAAAAUGGACACUGCUAUUUCCUAUGGGCGAUUCAUCACGCUGUAUUCGAUGGCUUGACCAAUCAAAAUAUCUUCACAGUGCUACAGAAAGUCUAUUCUGGGAUAGAGUUGUCUCCACUGCCUCCAUACUCACGCUUCAUCGGCUAUAUUAACUCUUUGAACGCGGAUAGCGCUGCGCAUUAUUGGAAUGCGCAGCUUGACAACUGCAAGCGGGCACUUUUCCCAUCCUCACUCGACACUCAGAUUUCAUCCGGUACAACCAGCAUCUUCGAAAAAUCAGUUAGACUUCCUAAUAUGCCAAAUGCGAAUACAACGAUGGCAACGCUGAUUCGAUCCGCCUGGGCUCUGGUCCUAUCUCGCUACUGUGAUACGGAUGAUAUCUGCUUUGGCACAACAGUCUCGGGUCGGCAAGCACCAGUCCUCGAUGUAAUGGACAUGGUUGGACCUAUAGUUGCCACGGUCCCAGUUCGAAUCCGUUUCAAGUUGGAUCAGUCUGUUUCCAGUUUCCUUCAAAAUGUGCAAGAUCAGGCAUUAGAAAUGAUUCCUUUUGAACAAUAUGGUCUACAAAACAUUAUGAAAUUGGGUGAAGAUAUGAAGGAAGCUUGUCAAUUCUCCAGCCUCCUGAUAAUCCAGCCAAUGCAAGGCACACCAAGUGAGGAGAGCAACGCUAUUCUUGUGUCUGCAGACCAAGAAGUGGAUACAUCCGCCGACUCUGUCCAGAAUUUCUUCAGUUAUCCGCUAGUGGUCCAAGGACAUCUUUCCGAUGAUAGCGUCAAGCUGUCAAUCGUUUACAACUCCAACGCACUUAAUGAUGGCCAGGCCGAAGCACUGGCUCAUCAGCUGAGUCACGUAAUCUGUCAGCUUGCCUCACUACGCGACGCACCCCUACGAGGAGUAGCCCUCUCUUCUCCAUGGGAUCUCGAAAGGGCUAUCGCAAUCAAUCAGGAACUGCCCGAAUUUAUUGAUUCGUGCCUCCAUACGCUCAUCGAGAACCAAGCAAACCAACGCCCUGAUGCAAUUGCUAUUUCUGCUUCGGAUGGAGAACUCACAUACGGCCAGCUAAACAGCGCCGCCAAUCGCUUGGCCCAUCACCUUAUCGAAAGAUAUUCUGUUCAAAUCGAAGAUCGCAUCAACGUAUGUUUCGAAAAGUCGAUUUGGCAUGUUAUUUCGAUUAUAGCCAUCAAUAAAAUUGGUGCAGCUUGGGUUCCGCUAGAUCCCUCGCAUCCCGAGCAGCGGUUACGCCAAAUUGUUGAGCAGACAGGGGCUAAACUUGCGCUGACUUCGUCAAACCAAUUUGCCCUAUGUGCCAAAGUUAUCAAGGAUGUAGUGGAAGUGAGUGACACAAUUUAUGACCAGUUGGUCAACGCGGCAGUCAGUUCAAAUAAUCCAGGGGUGGGAGUAUCUCCUCAUAAUGCUGCAUAUGUGUUGUUCACUUCAGGUUCAACUGGUACACCGAAAGGUAUUGUUCUAGAGCACGCCGCUGUAUGCACUGGUCUGAAUGCUAUUGCCAAAAGACUACAAUUACCGGCCAGCGCUCGAAUGCUGCAGUUUUCUGCCUUCACCUUUGAUGUAUCUGUAGGAGAAAUUUUCACCUCAUUGAUCACAGGUGCCUGUGUCUGUAUUCCAUCGGAUUGGGCAAGAAUGAACAAUAUCGCUGCUUUCAUCCAGGAAAAGAAGAUCAAUUGGGCUUUCCUAGUCCCAUCCUACAUUCGCACAAUUGAUCCAGAGGAUGUACCAAGUUUAGAGGUAAUUGCUCUGAUGGGAGAACCAGCCACUAAAGAUAUAUUCAAUACGUGGUUUGGUAAGGUACGUCUUUUCAAUAGCUGGGGGCCUACAGAGACCUGUGUUAUCAGCUCCAGUCAUGAGUGGAAGUCAGCAAAUGAGUCGCCCCAUGUAAUAGGAAAGCCAUUGGGUGCCCACUGUUGGAUUCUUGAUCCUCAGAAUCCAAGUCAACUAGCUGCGACUGGAAUUGUUGGUGAAGUUGUUGUUCAAGGCCCGACACUUUUACGUGAAUAUCUCGGCGCUCCAGACAAAACUAAGGCCUCAAUAAUCGAUGCCCUACCAGACUGGGUGCCUCACCAAGCGCUCCCGGGCUGGGGUCGACUAUAUAAAACCGGUGAUCUAUGCUUUUACAAUUCAGAUGGUAACAUCGAGUACUCUUCUCGUAAAGAUACGCAGAUCAAAAUUCGAGGCCACAGAGUUGAGGCUGGGGAAAUAGAGCACCGGGUGUUACAAGCAAUGGCUGUUGAUCAGGUCGCGGUGGAAUUAGUCAAUACCGAGAGCGGAAAUACGCUUGUCGCAUAUCUCUGUUUCAAUCUGGACUGCAAAGCGAUAUCGUUGACAGCGACACCUGACGAAGUCUUUCUUCCACUCACAGACGACAUGCAGCAAUCAAUAUCUACCGCAGUGGCACAGCUCAAGACAGAUUUAGCCCAUUAUAUGGUGCCUACAAUGUUCAUUGUCUGCAAGUUCAUGCCUUCCAUUACUUCUGCCAAAUUGGAUAGAAAAUCACUUCGGCAUUUCACUACUAUGCUUGAUCGAGAUCAAUUAGCAGCGUACUCAUUAUCCAACACGGUGGCCGUGAAGGAACCACCGGCAACUGUGAUGGAGUGGCGUCUUCAGUCCCUCUGGGCCGAGGUGCUGGGCAUUCCUGCCGAAUCCAUUGGUCGUGAUGACAAUUUUCUUCAGAUCGGUGGUGAUUCUAUCGUGGCAAUUCAAUUGGUUUCAAAAGCUCGAAAACUCCGCCUAUCCAUUUCUGUUAAGGACGUGUUUGAUGACCCAAGAUUACUUGCUGUGGCCUCCAAAAUAACUCUGAUCGAUAGCCUCACUAUAGCAUCUGAUGAAACACAGCCAUUCAGUUUGCUCUCUCAGUCAGCCCACGAAGCUUUGCUGCGUGGUGAUGCAGAUUUACAAUGUCAUUUCUCAACAGGCCAGAUUAUUGAAGACGCAUAUCCGUGCACCUCAUUACAAGAGGGCCUUAUGAAUAUAACAAUGAGACAACCAGGGGCUUAUGUAGCCAGAUACUGCUUCCGCUUAGCAGAAACAGUUGACAUAUUACGAUUCAUUUCAGCAUGGGAUCAAACCGUCGAAAUGAGUGCGAAUUUGCGAACUAGAAUCGUAAUCUUGGAGAGUUCAGCCAUUCAACUCGUCAUCAAGAACGGGUGCCACUGGAAUGACGAAGAAAAGUGCUUGCUGCCCGUCCACAGGCAACGAAGUCUUGAUAUUGAUUACGGCUUGCCACUUUGUGAUUAUUCUCUAAUUCAUCAUGGCGGUGCCAAAUAUUUUUGUCUCAAGUUGCACCACUCAAUCUUCGAUGGUUGGUCCCUUCGGUUGGUGAUGGGCACUUUGCAGAGCAUCUACGAUGCAACGGAUAUCUCUCCGCUCUAUUCGUAUUCACGGUUUAUCAAGUACAACCUGGAUAUGGACCAUGCUGCUUCCGCUCAAUAUUGGACAGCUCAGCUAGAGGGCGCGAAAUCAGCGGCCUUUCCAGCAGAGAGUGAACGAAACAAAAACGAUGUGAAGAAGCAAAUGAAGCUCCAGACAACUUCAAUCAAACUCCAACAGCUGGCCAAUAGCUUUAUCACAAAGGCCACAGUCAUACGAGCAGCAUGGGCUAUUGUGCUAGCUAGAUACAAUGGCGUGGAUGACAUCUGCUUUGGUUCUAGUGUCUCUGGCCGUCAUGCUGCAGUUGCUGGCAUAGAAUCCAUCCCUGGUCUCGUAGUCACCACUGUCCCCGUUCGCAUUCGGAUAGACGAUCGGCAGACAGUGUCGUCUUUCCUAAAGGAUGUGCAGUACCAAGCUGCUGACAUGGUCCCCUACGAGCAUUUUGGGUUAAAAAAUAUCGCAAAUCUUAACAAAGAAGCAAAGGCUGCUUGCGACUUCAAAGCCUUAUUCGUUGUUCAGCCGGUUCAACAAAUGAGUCAUGAGAGCAGUCUGUUCAACCUUACGACAGACGUUGAGGGAAGCAGCAAAGAGGAACUGCUUCAAAAUUAUCUAAAUUACCCUCUUGUUGCCCAAUGCAUGCUGGCCGAAGAUAGGGUUGAUCUUGAUUUGUAUUGCGAUCUGUCGGUGAUUCCCGAGCACCAGUUGCAAGGGCUCUCACAUACAUUCAAGCACGUAACUGAACAGCUGCUUAAUGCAAAUGAGCUCCCCUUGUCCCAAAUUUCCGUUGUACCGCCCUGGGAAUAUGACUUUGCAGUGGCAGCUAAUGGAGCACCACCCACAACCAUUGAACGAUGUGUGCACUCGCUCAUUGAGAGCGAGGCAAACAAACACCCGACUUCAAUGGCCGUGAAUGGAUGGGACGCUGACUUCACGUACCAACAGUUGGAUCUCUGUGCUAACAGACUGGCACAUCACCUCAUCAACACUUUUAAUGUUAAGAUUGGUGACAUUGUCCACAUGUGUUUUGAGAAAUCGGCUUGGUAUAUUGUGGCUAUUCUAGCCGUCAACAAGACCGGAGCCGCAUGGUCGCCCCUGGAUUCUUCUCAUCCAGUUCAACGAUACUCGCAAAUCAUUGCACAAACCGGUGCAUCACUGAUUCUAACUUCCCCGGCUAACGCUUCGAAAUGUAUACCUUUAGUGCCACACAUCUUGGAGGUAUCUGCAACACUUGAUGCAACUUUGGUCGCAGACAGAACCAAUCAUAGAAGUCCUUCAAUCAAUGUGUCAUCAGCAGAUCGUGCUUAUAUCAUAUUUACCUCAGGAACCACUGGUACACCAAAAGGCGUGGUGAUUGAACAUGGAUCAUUGUGUACUUCACAGAUGGCUCUUGCACAACGAGUUGGUCUUACGCAUAGCGCUAGAGUCCUUCAAUUUGCAUCGCAUGUCUUUGAUGCGUCGGUAUUCGAGAUUUUCGCGCCUCUCCUUGUCGGGGGCUGCGUAUGUGUGCCAUCUUGGGAUGAACAGAUGAACGAUUUAACGGGCUACAUGAUCAAUGCUUCCGUAACAGCGGCAUUUGCCACUCCAACUGUUUCUCGUAGUUUGAGACCAGAAAAAAUGCCUCGGAUGGAGAUCCUUAUUGUUGGCGGCGAGGCUGGGGCUUCGGAUAUUCUUGAAACGUGGAUUGGAAAGGUGCGGUUAUUCAAUGGCUGGGGUCCAACGGAAACAUGUGUCAUUGCUAGUGUCCACGAAUGGACAGAUAUUGGCGAUUCAGCGAGAACUAUCGGGCGGCCCAUUACUGGUAACUGGUGGAUUGUUGACCCAAGUAAUCCUCAGAGGCGGGUCCCCAUCGGUUGCAUUGGCGAGAUCGUCUACCAAGGACCAACACUAUUCCGAGAGUACCUAGCUAAUCCAUCAAAAACUGAAGAGGUUUUGAUAAGUUCUCUGCCAAGCUGGGCCACUGGUGGUGACUGGAAGUCUUGGGAUCGAUUCUAUAGAACUGGUGAUCUGGGUUUCUAUAAUCCGGAUGGGACUGUCGAAUAUUGUGGCCGAAAGGAUACUCAGGUCAAAAUUCGUGGACUUCGAAUUGAGCUUCACGAAAUUGAAUACCAGAUCUACACGCAUUUACCGGCUAUCCGUCAAGUUACAGUCGACGUUUUGAAAGCAGAGGAGGCGUCACACCUAGUGGCGUAUUAUUGCCUCAACAACGAUACCCAACCAUCACAUCUAUCCGUUGAUUCUGAAGGCAAAGGGCUCUUUUUACCUUUGUUGGAUGAUAUGGUACCUCAAAUCAAUGCGCUUAUUUCCAAUCUCAAUGAUAUUCUACCUCCCUACAUGAUCCCCAAAAUAUUCAUCCCCUGCAAGCAUAUGCCAGUUGGAACAUCGUCUAAACUAGACCGGAAAUUACUAGUAGAUAUGACCAUGUCGCUUUCAAGGAAAGCAAUUGAGCGAUAUUCACUCGUCGAUAGUAGCAAACGCGCUCCAGAAACUCCCAUGGAGGCAAAACUGCAACAGCUUUGGGCCGACAUCUUGCAUAUUCCAUUAGAGUCAAUUGGAAGGGAUGACAAUUUUCUUCAGAUUGGAGGCGAUUCCAUGUCCGUUAUACUACUUGUCUCCGCUGCUCGCGAAAUUGGAAUCAUAGUCAGUGCUAGAGACGUCUUUCACGAUGCUCGGCUUGUUAGUGUUGCUGAGAAGGCUCGAAGCAUUACUGGAGAGGACUCGGAAUUCAGCCCUAUCCAGCCAUUCAGCUUGUUGAAUCAAUCUCAACUCGAGUUACUUCAAAUCAGCGAUACCAAAUCUUUCAUGGGCUUGAGUGACGAUAUGAGUAUUGAAGACGCAUACCCAUGCUCAAAACUUCAGGAAGGUCUGAUGGCAUUGGCAGUUCAAAAACCAGGGUCAUACAUUGCCCGGUUUCAUUAUCGCAUUUCCAAGCAGGCGGAUCUUCAUAAAUUUAAAGCUGCCUGGAAAAAGACUGUUGAGAUGUGCCCUAAUAUGCGGACUCGGAUUCUGCAUGUCCAUGGAUCCUCUAUUCAGGUCGUGGUAAAACAUGAUUUCGACUGGGAGUUAGUUGAACCACAAUCUUUGGAUGACUACCUCAAGAACUUUCAUUACGCCAAGAUGGAGUAUGGUUCGCGACUCUGUCGUUAUGCUCUGGUUUUACAUCAUGACGAAAUACAUUUUGUUUGGACAAUGCAUCAUGCCGUUUUCGAUGGAUGGACAAUCCGUCUGGUACUCGAAACCCUGCAGAAGAUAUAUGAUGGGUCUCAAGUUACUCAACUCAAGCCAUUUUCUCAAUUCAUUCAAUACACCCUGGACAUUGAUCACCAAUCGGCCAGCGAAUAUUGGCUCAAUCAACUCCAAAACGCAAAGAGAGCUAGCUAUCCGAACAGAUUGGCGUCAAACGAGCAACCCGCCAACGCAAAUAGUACAGGGUAUCUAGAAAUGGAGAUAGAGAUACCCAAACUCUCUGGUAGUGCCACAAAAGCGACUCUUCUGCGUGCGACCUGGGCGAUUGUGCUUGCUUGUUAUUGUGAUGCCAGGGAUAUAUGCUUUGGCACAACAGUCUCUGGCCGUCAAGCGCCGGUAGCCGGUCUGACGGAAAUGCCCGGUCCGGUUAUUGCAACGAUUCCUAUUCGCAUCUAUCUGGAUCAUACUAAAGCUAUAUCUACCUUCCUUGAAGAUAUUCAAGCGCAAGCAUCUGAAAUGGUUGCAUAUGAACAAUUUGGUCUACACAAUAUCGCCAAGUUGAGUGAUGAUGCGAAGGACGCCUGUGAUUUUUCUAGCUUACUGGUGAUCCAACCGAGACAGAUUUUGUCGCAUAUCAAUGGGGAUGACCAGGCCCUGCUGGUUGCGCGCUCCAAUGAUGGAGCGGACGAGGCAUUAGAGAGCUACUUCACCUAUCCUCUCGUAAUUCAGGCCCACUUACAUGAAAAUGGAGAUAAGCUAGUAUUUAUAUAUAAUAAGCUUGCUCUUUCUGAAAAGCAGCUUAUUACGCUCUCAAAUCAGUUCAGACAUGUCGUUUCUCAACUCGCCUUUCAUCCUCAGCUGUUAUUAGGAGACCUCUCUAUUGCGUCUGAGUGGGACGUCAAACAAGCUAUCAAGUUUAACUCUGAAGCACCAGAGAUUAUUGACACUUGCGUCCAUACGCUGAUCGAAGCUCAGGCCCGUCGUAACCCUGAUGCUCUGGCGAUAUCUGCUUGGGAUGGGACGUUGACAUAUAGACAACUUAAUGAGUGUGGAAAUCGGCUUGCCCAUUAUCUUAUUAGGCAGUAUAGUGUUAAGCCUGAUGACCUUAUUCACGUCUGUUUUGAAAAGUCGGUUUGGCACUUUAUUGCUAUUCUUGCCAUUAACAAAGCGGGUGCUGCAUGGGUUCCAUUAGACCCUUCUUAUCCAGAGCAGAGACUACGACAAGUUAUCAGCCAGACACGUUCCACACUGGUAUUGGCGUCAUCGCGUAACGCAAAAUUAUGUUCGAGUCUUGUUGAGAACAUUCUACAACUUGAUGCUGAACUUGAUAAGUCAUUAACUCUGACUGAAAAUGGGCAGAGCGGUCCGACCGUUGCUGUUACCCACCAUAACGCGGCGUAUGUGCUCUUUACAUCUGGCAGUACUGGCAAACCAAAAGGCCUGGUCAUGGAACAUGGUGCCGCUUGUACAAGCCAAACAGCUAUCGCAAAAAGGCUGAAUCUGACAUCUGAUGUUCGGAUGCUUCAAUUUGCAGCCUUCGUAUUUGAUCUCUCCAUUGGUGAGAUUAUCGGCCCCCUUAUAUCUGGUGCCUGUUUAUGCAUUCCAUCAGAAGACACUAGGAUGAAUGGUUUAAAAGAAUAUGUUAACGAUACCGGGGUUAAUUGGGCGUACCUAACACCCGCUUUCGUAAGAACACUCAAUCCGGAGGACAUGCCUGGUCUAAAUCUGUUGCUUUUGGCUGGUGAAGCAGUCCCUCGGGACGUGCUUACCACUUGGUUUGGCAAAGUCCGUCUAGUUAAUGGCUGGGGUCCUGCUGAAACUUGUUGCUUCAGCACUCUCCACGAAUGGGCCUCUGUGGAUGAAUCGCCGCUUGUUGUUGGCCGUCCUGUUGGAGGGUUUUGCUGGAUUGUAAACCCAGAAGAUCCUCAACAACUCACUCCAACUGGAACUCUAGGCGAGAUAGUCAUACAAGGUCCUACAAUCCUACGCGAAUAUCUUGCAGAUAUUGAACGCACUAAAGAUUCAACUGUUUACUCUCUCCCAACUUGGGCACCUCAGCCAGACUCAGAGCACUGGAAUAGGUUUUAUAAAUCUGGCGAUCUUGGGUAUUAUAAUCCUGAUGGUACAAUCGUUUUCAGCAGCCGCAAGGAUACGCAAAUCAAGAUCCGUGGGUUGAGAGUUGAAUUAGGUGAAGUUGAGCAUUAUAUACGCGAGACACUAGACGGAGUACGCCAGGCUGUCGUCGAUGUCUACCAAAGGGAUGGCCGAUCUAAUCUCGUCGCAUAUGUCUGUUUUACUGAUGAGAUGAAAAAUCCGUCUGCAGAUGAAGAAUUUACUGCAAAUGGAUUAUUUGCAUCCAUAACAGAUGAUUUGCGUAAAAGAAUCGCGAUCAUGCUCGGUGAACUGAGAGUUACUUUACCAAGUUACAUGAUUCCUACCCUUUUCAUCCCUUGCAGGUUUAUGCCGUCCAUUACAUCUACCAAGCUUGAUAGAAAGACUUUACGUCGUCUGAUGGAUUCUCUAGAUGACCAGCAGCGGGCUCCAUACAGUCUCCUCAACCGGCAGAAACGUGAGCCCGAAACCGAUAUGGAAAUCAAGCUUCAGGGGCUUUGGGCGAAAAUAUUAAACAUUCCUGUGAAUACUAUAGGCCGAGAUGAUAGUUUCUUACAGGUUGGUGGAGAUUCCAUUUUAGCCAUUCAAUUGGCUUCUCGUGCCCGAGAAAUGGGAAUUUCUUUCCAAGUCAAAGAUGUGUUUGACGACCCGAGACUGGUGGCACUGUCUUUGAAAGCUACGAAGACUACAUAUCAGGCCGUCAAGCAAGUCAAGCCGUUUAGCAUGCUUUCCGAUAGCCUCAGAGAUGCGGUUCUUAGUGAUGAUAUCCGCGUGCAGUGUUGCCUAACCGGAGAUCAGGCUAUCGAAGACGCCUAUCCAUGCACCUCGCUGCAGGAAGGCCUGAUGGCUUUAACUGCUAAGCAGCCUGGGUCCUAUGUCGCAAAGUAUGUAUUCCGAUUACCCGAUCAUGUCAAUAUUUCUCGCUUUACAGCUGCUUGGGACAAGAUGGCUGGGGUUUGUUCCAAUUUACGGACCAGGAUAAUCCAUUUGGACGGAGUGUCAGUCCAAAUCGUUGUUCGAGGUGGUAGCCAAUGGAGAUCUGUCGAGAGCAGGAAGUUGUCUUCCGUUCUCGACUCACCAGAAAAUCUCAAAAUGACAUACGGAAUGCCUCUAUCCUCAUCUGCUAUUGUCUACGAAAACGACAAAGCUUACUUCAUUUGGUCAGCCCAUCACUCUAUCUAUGAUGGUUGGACGAUGCGAAUCAUAUUCAGCACCCUAUAUUCAGCAUACUACGGUGAUAGCAUAUCUGCCGUUCAACCUUAUUCCUGUUUCUUCAAUUACUACAUGAACUUAGAUACCACAAAAGCAACCAAGUUUUGGACGGAGGAGCUAGCUGGGGCGAAACGGGCAGAAUUUCCCUCUAACAAACGCUCCACGUCUUCCGUCAUGGAUGACGUUCAUCAUACGAGCAUUACUCUUCCAGAGUCACUCCAUAUAUCUGUUACUAAGGCCACGGUUGUCCGUGCUGCAUGGGCGGUUGUACUUGCCCGGUAUUGUGGUAGCAAUGAUGUGACGUUUGGCACCACCGUCUCAGGCAGACAGGCCCCGGUCCCAAGUGUUGAGUCCAUCGCCGGACCAAUGAUUGCAACUGUGCCAGUUCGCAUUCAACUUGACAACCAGGCCUCUAUAUCUCAGUUCCUGAGUGAUGUUCAAUCGAAAGCAUCCUCGAUGAUCCCUUAUGAGCAGUUUGGACUGCAAAAUAUUGCUAAGCUAAGUCCAGAUGCGAAAGAGGCGUGUGAUUUCUCGAGUCUCCUUGUCAUUCAGCCUCCAGCGCAUGAUCCUUCUGAGGGAGAUGAUGCAAAGGCUCUUCUUCUACAAAGUGAGAUUGAGCAAGAAGAAACAGAAAAAGCUAUGCAAGGCUAUUUCAAUUAUCCCCUUGUCAUUAUUAGUUGCAUUGGAGAGCGUGCUAUUCAGCACCGUCUGUUUUAUAACUCGGCUGUUCUCACCAAGCUUCAGGUGGAAGCGUUAUCGCACCACCUUGAGCAAGUUAUACAACAACUUUUAAGCAAUAACGGCAUGCAGAGCGAUAUUUCUUUAAUUGAUUCAUGGGAUCUUCAACAAGCCAUUGACGCAUCUCGUCUACGCCCUGCCACAGAUUCAUGCACACAUUGGCUGAUUCAAGACAAGAUUAGGGAACAACCUGAAGAAAUUGCUAUUACAUCUUGGGAUGGAGACCUCACAUAUGCCCAACUUGGGGCUCAUGCCACUCGUUUAGCGGCGAAACUACAAGAUCUUAAUAUUGGGCCUGAAUCAUUGGUGCCUAUUUGUUUCCCUAAAUCUAAGUGGGCUGUGGUCUCUAUGGUGGCUAUUCAAAUGGCCGGAGGUGCCUUUAUUCCUCUUGAUCCUGGUGCUUCGCCACUAAGGUUGCAAGGUAUUCUUCAGGAUACAGGAGCUACCUUGGCCAUUACCAGCCCAUCAUGUCAAGCAACGCUACAAUCACUAGGCAUGGAAACUAUUGCUGUGGAUGACGAAAUGAUCUCUAAAUUGCCCAGCUCAUUUGUUUUGCAAUGUGAAGUGCAACCUGUCAACUCUAGUGUCAUCCUCUUCACAUCCGGAAGCACGGGGAAGCCUAAGGGUAUGAUCAUUCAGCAUAAUAGCAUAUGUUCGUCCAGUGAUGCCUAUGGAGCUGACCUGAAUAUUGGUCUUGGCACUCGAGUGUUCCAGUUCUCGGCAUAUACUUUUGACGUUGGUGUUUUAGAUUGCCUCGUCUCGCUCAUGAGAGGUGCCUGUAUCUGUAUCCCUUCAGAUCACGAUCGCCUUAAUAACCUAGCAGCUGCUAUUACUGCCUCUCAAGCUAACUGGAUUUUCCUUACACCUACUGUUGCAGAUCUGCUUCAACCAGUCGACGUUCCUACCUUGAAGACUGUCUGCCUGGGGGGUGAAGCCAUAAGCAAGAAAUGUGCUGAGAGAUGGGUUAACUAUGUGAGUCUACAUGGUUUGUAUGGCCCGGCAGAAGCGUCGAUCUGCGCGUGGAAUUCUAUGGUGGGGAAAUCCGGGCGCUCAACGAAUCUUGGUCAUCCGAUAUCCAGUGCUUUUUGGGUUGUCGAGGCCAACGACCCCAAGUCUCUCGUCCCGAUUGGCUGUAUUGGCGAACUUCUCAUCGAGGGUCCAAUGCUUGCUCGCGGUUAUCUCAACGUGACUGACGAGGUCGCUGCCAACUGGAUGGAAAGGGUUGAUUGGCUCCCUGGUGAUAACCAACUAAAGAGAAUUUAUCGAACAGGUGAUUUAGUGCGACGGAACGCUGACGGUACUUUUGAUUACAUUGGUCGCAAGGAUACUCAAGUCAAGCUUCAUGGUCAGCGAGUUGAGCUUGGAGAAAUUGAGGCCUGCAUUCACGAGUUCCUACCGCCAAAUAUGGCCGCUAUCGUGGACCUUGUUAAGGACAAAGAUGUUCCUGAUAGCCUAUUGGCCUUCCUUUGGUACUCCGAGGGAGAAUCCACCUCGCCAGCUCGCCUUAUGGAUACGAUAUCUGAUGAAGCACGAGCCACCAUUUUGCACCUAGACACGUCUCUAAGCACGAUUCUACCAUCAUACAUGAUUCCCUCGUCCUAUCUUUUGUUUAAUGGCAAGCCAGAGCAGACCAUAACGGGCAAAGUCAAUCGACGGUCGCUUACUAGCCAAGCGCAACAUAUUGCUGCCCAAGACCGUCUGCGCUUUGCUCCUGAUACUAGUUUCCGUGUGCUACCAACCACUCCCAUGGAAUUUAAGCUGCGAGAGCUAUGGGCUCAAAUCCUACACAUCGACUCGAUGAACAUAUGCAAGAAUGAUAGUUUCUUACGUCUUGGCGGCGACUCAAUAUCUGCAAUUCAGUUGGUUUCAAAGGCUCAGCUUCAAGGCCUCAGUCUGACUGUCGCUGUAAUUUUCCAAAGUCCUCGACUCGAACAAAUGGCGGCUGCCAUUGUUGAGGAUGAUUCAAUUACAUACGAGGAGAUUCAGCCAUUUGAUAUGAUUCCGAUAGUAGAAUCUGAUGCCAUUUUGGCUGAAGCCCAGGAGCAAUGUUCGUUGACACACAGCUCUAUCAUUCAAGAUGCCUACCCUUGUACCAAGCUACAAGAGGGUUUAAUGGCAUUAUCUGUCAAACAACCGGGUAGCUACGUUGCUAAAUACCUCUACCGCUUGCCCAGGCAUGUUGAUGUGGCUCGAUUCAAGUCAGCCUGGAGACAAACUGUGGGUAUUUGCAGUACUUUGCGCACUAGAAUCAUCCACACCUCAAAUAAAGCAACAUACCAAAUUGUUCUAGACCACGAUUCUACCUGGGAGCCACUACAAUAUCAAGAUUUACAAUCUGUUCUACGAUACGCCCAAACGAUCAAAAUGACCUACGGCACACCUCUGUGUCAAUUUGCCUUUGUUGAAGACGAACAGCAAAACGUAUUCUUCUUCUGGGCCAUACAUCAUACAGUUUUUGACGGCUUGUCUACUCAGGUCAUCCUCAACAUCUUACACAAGUCCUACUUGGGUGAAGUUGUUCCAACCGUGACUCCAUAUUCGCGAUUCAUUCGUUACCUUCUUCAAAUAGAUAAUGAGGCUGCUUCUGCUUACUGGAGAGACCUCCUGCAUGGUGCCAAUCCUUCGCCAUAUCCUUCUCUACCCAACACGCAUGUCAAACCUGCGGCCACGUGCGUUAUGGAGACUUCAAUUGGCUUCGUUGAUACGGGGAAACAUAAUGUCACAGUAGCAACCAUUGUUCGAUCUGCCUGGGCUAUCGUCCUUGCUAGGUAUUGCGACACAGAAGAUGUAUGCUUUGGCGCCUCCAUCUCUGGCCGCCAAGCUCCUGUUCCUGGAAUUAUGGACAUCGUGGGACCAGCGAUUGCGACUGUUCCAGUACGAAUCCGAAUCGACCGCCAACAACUUCUAUCAGAAUUUCUGCACAGCGUCCAGGACACAGCAGUAGAAAUGAUUUCAUACGAACAGUUUGGUCUACAAAACAUCUCGAAGCUAAGUCGAGAUGCUCACGAUGCCUGCCAGUUCUCAAGCUUGCUAGUGAUUCAACCAAUGCGCCAUAUUUCUAAUAGCAAAGAGAGCAAAUCUUUGCUUGUUGCUGCAGAUGCGACGGAAGAAGGGGUUUCUGACAUUCUUGCUAACUUUUUCAACUAUCCCCUUGUUGUACAAGGUCACGUUUACGAAGACGAAUUGAGAAUUGCAAUAGCCUAUGAUGGCAACAUUCUGACCAAAUCUCAAGUACAAGCUUUAUCCAACCAACUUGGCCACGUCAUCCACCAGCUCGCAUCCGGUGAUGCUAUUCGUCUUGGGGACAUUUUGAUAGCGUCCUCUCAUGAUCUUGAGCUGGCGAUUGCUUCCAAUAGCGAUACGCCUGAGGUCAUUAGCUCUUGCAUACACGAUUUGGUCGACAAACAAGCUCGGAUCACCCCAGAUGCACCAGCAAUCUCAGCAUGGGAUGCGGAACUCACGUAUAGCCAAUUUAUUGCGGCUGCAAACAGACUUGCGUACCAUCUCAUUCACAGUCAUGGAAUCAAGCCAAAUGACCUUGUCCAUGUCUGCUUUGAGAAAUCUGCUUGGCAUUUUGUGUCAAUUAUCGCGAUCAAUAAAGUUGGUGCUGCUUGGGUGCCUUUAGACCCAUCUCAACCUGAAGAACGUUUACUCCAGAUUGUCCGUCAGACUAAAGCUCGGGCAGCACUGGUAUCACCGAAUAAUGCUAGCCUUUGUACUAAACUGGUGGAAAAUGUGAUAGAGGUCACAGCUGAACUCGACGGACAAUUGGGUCUGUCUGUUUCAAACUCAUACGUGCCUCGCGUAGCUGUGCCACCUCAUAGCGUUGCUUAUAUCAUUUUUACCUCGGGAAGCACUGGAACGCCGAAGGGUGUCGUUAUGACACAUCUAUCUCUAUGCACUAGCCAAACUGCUUUAGCUGAUAGACUCGGCAUGACCCCAAGCGUGAGAAUAUUGCAAUUCUCUGCCUUCGUUUUUGACAUGUUCAUAGGCGAAACAAUGGCAUCGCUGAUCUAUGGCGCGUGUGUUUGCGUGCCGUCAGAUCGUGAACGAAUGGAAAACGUUGUGGGUUUCAUUAACGAGCAGCGAAUUAACUGGGUUUUCCUAACACCCUCUUUUGCUCGCACGAUUCAACCUAAAGAUGUCCCUGGCCUGCAACUCCUCUUAGUCGGUGGUGAAUCUAUUCCUCAAGAUUUAGUUCACAAGUGGUUUGGGAAGCUACGUCUUAUCUGUGCUUGGGGUCCUACUGAGACCUGUGUUAUCAGUGCCACACACGAAUGGACUUCUGCUGAAGAAUCUUCUCUUGUCAUUGGCCGUCCAGUUGGCGGGUUCUGUUGGAUUGUUGACCCAGAUAUGCCACAUCGCCUUGCUCCAAUAGGCACAGUCGGCGAAAUCGUUGUUCAGGGCCCGACACUCUUACACGAAUACCUAAAUGACUCUCAAAAGACAGAAGCUGCGUUGAUGUCCACACCAACUUGGGCACCCCGUCCUGAUUCUCAGCAUUGGCAUCGAUGCUACAGAUCCGGCGAUCUAUGUUUCUACAACCAUGAUGGUAAUAUCGUAUUCAGUGGUCGUAAAGAUACACAGGUUAAGGUCCGCGGCUUUCGAGUUGAGCUCGGAGAUAUAGAGCAUCAUAUUCGGGAUCGAUUAGAUGCUCCUUGCGAAGUUGCCGUUGAGGUCUUGAAAACUACUGUUGGGGCCAAUCUGAUCGCUUUUGUUACCUUCAAUGUCGAAGCUGAUGCGGCCAAUGGUAGCUCCAGUGCUGACAUAUUCCUUCAUCUCGACUCUGGCAUGCAAGAAACUUUCAGUGCUUUGUUGGAACAACUGAAGGUUUUGUUACCCCCAUAUAUGGUUCCGACAACCUUUGUUCCUUGCCAGUAUCUCCCAUUCACGACGUCGACAAAAUUAGAUCGGAAGAAGCUAAAAACUAUGGCAUCCUGCCUUAGCUCAGAAGAUCUUGCUAAAUACUCACUUUCAAAGUCAGAGAAGCAUAGCCCGAAGACAGAGAUGGAAACACGACUGCAGGUCAUUUGGGCGGAGCUACUAAACAUUCCUACUACAUCAAUCAGUCGAGAUGAUAGUUUCCUGCAGAUUGGUGGCGAUUCCAUUAUGGCGAUCCACUUUGUUAAUGCUGCUCGGGACGAUAAUAUUGGGCUCACAGUGGCGGAUGUCUUUGAUGACCCAAGGCUAUUAGCUAUCGCCGCGAAAGCGACUAAUCUCAUGGAGAGUGAUCCAAUAUCAGAAAUCACACAGUUUGGCCUUCUCGAUGAGGUAGUGAGAGAGUCGCUACUAAGCCAGGGCUUGUGGCAAGGUUAUAACUUUGCUGACAAUAUCGUCCUCCAAGAUGCUUACCCCUGCACCAAAUUGCAAGAGGGUCUUUUGGCUCUUGCGGAGAAACAGCCGGGGAGCUACGUUGCGAAGUUUGUCUACCGCCUAAACAGUAAUAUCGACGUUCAGAAAUUCCGAGCUGCCUUCGAACAGACAGUAAAGGCUUGCAACAAUUUGCGCACAAGAAUUGUUAUCGUCGGAAACACGUCGGUUCAGGUUGUCCUUGAGGAUGACUUUGCGUGGGAUAAUCUAGAUGGUGAAGGGCUACGCUCGUAUGUGAAGUCCAUGGAUUCUUUCAAAAUGGCAUACGGCUCGCGGUUGCACCACUAUGCAAUUGCUGAGGACGAUGGCGAUACCUACUUUAUAUGGACUUUACACCAUUCUAUCUACGAUGGUUGGACGAUACGCCUCAUGAUGGAGGUCCUCCAUUCGAUCUAUGAGGGUUUUGCCCCUGCGCAUCUACAGCCGUACAAUAAGUUUGUAGAAUACAUUGCCAAUGUUGACCACGAUGGGGCAAGGAACUACUGGGGAUCACAGCUUCAAGGCGCUAGCCGAGCAGGUUAUCCUUCUUUCUCCGGCUCAUUAAAAGCUUCAAACUCUUGUAAGACUCUAGAGAGAGACCUAGAGCUACCUAACAUGGGCAAUUUGUUGGUAACUAAAGCUACGAUCAUCCGAGCUGCAUGGGCUAUACUCCUCGCGAGGUAUUGUGAGAGUGAUGAUGUUUGCUUCGGAGUUACUGUUUCCGGCCGUCAAGCACCUGUUCACGGAUUAUCGGAAAUGCCCGGGCCUGCAGUCGCUACCGUGCCUAUCCGCGUCCAAUUAAACAAAGAGCAAACCGUAUUGGACUAUCUAGGUAGUAUACAGAGCCAAGCUUCGAAGAUGGUUCCUUAUGAGCAGUUUGGGUUGCAAGAGAUUGCCAAAAUUAGCUCUGCAGCUCAAGAGGCUUGCAAUUUUUCGAGCUUAUUGGUCAUUCAACCAAUGCAACACUUGAUUAACGACGAUAACGCAAUGCUUCUGCCAGUACAAGUUGAUUUGCAAGAAGAUAACUCGAUGCAGAAUUACUUCAACUACCCUCUUGUCAUCCAAGGUCAUGUAACGGACGAAGAUGUCAAACUUUUCAUCAUAUAUGAUCCCAGUGUUCUCCCAGAGUCGCAAAUAUUAGCUAUAUCUCACCAGUUGGAACAUAUCAUGAAGCAACUUAUCUCGAAACCAGAAUCGCAACUUGGCGCUUUAUCUCUGUCCUGCAAUUCGGAUGUCGAAUUUGCUCGGGAAGCGAACGGCGAAGAUGCUCCUGAAAUCCUCAACACUUGUUUGCCUAGACUCAUUGAGAUUCAAGCCGAGAUACGCCCCGAAGCUAUUGCUGUACAAGGCUGGGAUAAACAAUUCACUUACAACGAGUUAAAUAGAGCAGCCAAUCGCCUGGCUCAUCAUCUUGUCUCAGAUAUUGGUGUUAAGCCUCAUGACAUAGUUCAAGUUUGCUUUAGUAAAUCAGCGUGGUACGUUGUAGCCAUUUUGGCAAUCAACAAAGCUGGUGCCGCUUGGGGUCCCAUCGACCCUUCGCAUCCUCUUCACCGCCAUCAGCAAAUUAUCAGCCAAACGAAAGCACAGGUUGCACUUACGUCGCUAGACAACGUGGAGAGAUGUUCUCUAUUAGUUCCUUCUGUCGUCACAGUCUCGUCUUCCCUAGAUUCUGACCUCAGUGAGAAGAACUAUGACAGCAAUCAUGGCCCCGACGUUACAGUUACCUCGCAUUAUGCCGCCUACGUCCUGUUCACCUCUGGCAGUACAGGUAUGCCAAAGGGCUUAAUCAUAGAGCACGGCGCCCUUUGCACAAGUCAAACAGCAGUUGGAAAGCGCUUCGGGUUUACUCCGAAGGUAAAAAUAUUACAAUUCACCACAUACGUGUUUGACUUUUCAAUCAGUGAAAUUAUAGCAGCCAUGCUAUUCGGCGCUUGCGUUUGUAUUCCCUCAGAAGAAACCCGUAUGAACAGGUUAAAAGGGUUUAUCCAGGAAAGUGGCAUAAACUGGCUGUUCCUAACUCCGUCCUUUUUACAAACACUAAAGCCUGACGACGUGCCAGGAGUGGAAUUGGUAGCGGUUGGGGGCGAGCCUCUUCCUCGUGCUCUGUUCGAAGAAUGGGUCGGUAAAGUGAGGUUCUUCAAUUGCUGGGGGCCUUCUGAGACUUGCGUUAUGAGCGCAAUGCAUGAAUGCAAAUCAGAAGAAGAGUCAAAUAUGACCAUUGGAAGACCAGUCGGUGGAUUUUGUUGGAUUGUUGAUCCAGAGGAUCCACAGAGACUGGCACCGACAGGUACCGUUGGUGAGCUGAUUGUGCAAGGUCCUACUCUAUUGCGUGAGUACUUGGGUGAUCCUGAGAAGAGCAAGGGCUCAAUCUUGUGCAGUCGCCCUGAUUGGGCUUUGUACCCUGAUUCUGAGAACUGGAGUCGCUUUUACAAGUCUGGAGACCUUUGUUCUUAUAAUCCCGACGGUACCAUUAAAUUCUCUUCUCGCAAGGAUACUCAAGUCAAGGUUCGCGGCCUGCGUGUGGAAUUGGGCGAGGUUGAGUAUCGUAUUAAAGAAGCUCUACAUGGCGCUCUCCAGGUCGCUGUUGAUGUUUUCAAGUCGGGGGCUACCUCAACUCUAGCUGCCUACUUUUGCUUCAGCGAUGCCACUGCAGUCGUGUCAGGAAAUGAUCCUGAUAAUAUUUUCAUACCCUUGACGGAAGAAGUUCAACAGCUCAUUGCAACCAUGGUUGGAGAGAUCAAGAUUAUGCUCCCAGAAUACAUGAUUCCGGCUCUUUUCAUCCAAUGCCAAUAUAUGCCAACUGCCACGUCCGGGAAAAUGGAUAGAAAGAGUUUAAAAAUGCUCACAUCAGCCCUCACUCAAGACCAAUUAGCGGUUUAUUCAUUGGUGAAUAGCAAGAAGGUCAUGCCGCAAACUCCGAUGGAGCGCAAGCUACAGGCCAUCUGGGCAGAUAUCUUGGCUAUUCCUAUGGAAACAAUUGGUCGUGAUGACAGCUUCCUUAGCAUCGGCGGUGAUUCCAUCGCCGCUAUUAGGUUAGUCACUGCUGCUCGUGAUAAAGGAAUUGCUCUCACUGUGAGCGACAUUUUCCAUGAUGCUCGAUUAUUAUCUGUUGCCUCUAGGGCUUCCUUCAUCAAUGAAUGCGAGGAAGAGGCGCCUACUCAUAUUGUACCUUUUACCUUGCUCGAUGAGGCCCAUCACGAUAUGAUCUCCAAUAGCCCUACAGACCUCGCCCUCAAACUACCCUAUGGCAUGGAUAUAGAGGAUGCCUAUCCUUGCUCUAAGAUGCAAGAAGGCUUAAUGGCGUUGUCCGUCAAGCAACCUGGCUCUUACAUUGGGAAAUACAACUAUCUUAUUCCAGCUCACGCUGAUGUUUACCGGCUAAAAGUAGCAUGGGAGCAAAUCAUCAACCACUUCCCCAAUCUACGAACAAGAAUUAUCCGAUUAGGUGCCGUCUCCAUUCAAGUUGUUAUUAAGGGCGAUAUCACUUGGGACUGUACGGACCAAAUGACGAUGCGGUCCUAUUUGCAAGAAACCCAAAUCAUGGAAAUGGGGUAUGGUUCUCGACUGUGUCGUUAUGCUAUUAUUGAAGAUGAUGGGAGUUUUUACUUUUCCCUAAACAUCCAUCACGCUGUCUAUGAUGGCUGGACGCUGUCUAUCAUCUUCAAAGCCUUCCAUGAUGCGUACAGAGGCCUCGAAAUUGCCAGUCUCGUUCCAUAUUCCCAUUUUAUUAAGUACACUAUGGAACUUGACUACGGAGUCGCUGGCGACUAUUGGGCAGAGCAGCUUCGAAAUGCUCGGAAAGCAACAUUCCCCUCUGUCGCGAUUGAGUCCACUAGGAAGCCUGAGGCUUCGCGCACAAUUACAACGGAUCUUAAACUUUCAAGGACCAAUACAAACAUCACAACAGCUACUCUCGUGCGUGCCGCUUGGGCUAUAGUCCUUGCGCGAUAUUGUGAUAGUACGGAUGUUUGCUUUGGUGCAACAGUCUCUGGACGACAAGCAUCGCUCCACGGUUUGUCACAAAUGCCUGGCCCAGUAAUUGCCACCAUACCUGUUCGAAUUCGUUUUGAACACCAGAAUUCAACGGUGAAAUUUCUGGAGGACGUUCAAACCCAGGCAAUGGAUAUGAUACCCUAUGAGCAGUUUGGCCUGCAGAAUAUCCGCAAACUCAACAACGACGCCGAAGAAGCAUGCGAUUUCGCAAGCUUGCUUGUUAUUCAGCCUCUCCAAAUGUUCUCAGAUAAUAGCAGCGGCGAUGGAGAUGCUCUUUUGGCUGCUAUUGAAAGUACAGAGGAGAGCACAGAUGUAAUGCAGAAUUAUUUCUCAUACCCGCUUGUCGUACAAGGCCAUUUGAGUGAUGAUUUUGUGAGAAUCGUUCUGAUCUACAACCCACUCUGCAUUCCUGAGAAACAGAUUAUCGCAUUAUCUGAACAGAUCAAGCAUGUCAUUAGUCAACUAGCGGAAUCGCAGCCUGGCCAGACGCUAGGCAACCUUUCUCUCGUUUCUCAGUGGGAUAUUGAACAAUCCCACAAGUUCAAUGCCGAUAUUCCCGAGGUUAUCAAUUCUUGCUUCCACGAUCUUGUUGAAUAUCAAGCAACUCAUCGCCCCAGCGCUAUGGCUAUCCGUUCUUGGGAUGGUGAGUAUACCUAUGCUGAGCUCAACCAAGCAGCCAAUCGUCUUGCAAACCAUCUCGUUCAGACAUACGACAUUAAGACGAACGAACUGAUACAUGUAUGCUUUGAGAAAUCUGUCUGGUAUUUUAUAUCCAUCUUGGCUAUCAAUAAGGUUGGUGCUGCUUGGGUGCCGCUUGAUCCAUCGCAUCCUAUACAGCGCCUCCAGCAGGUUGUCAAUCAAACCCGAGCAAAGAUUGCGCUCUGCUCGCCAGACAACGUUGACCUUUGCUACGGCCUCGUUGAAUCCGUAGUUCAAGUUGCCACUGAAUUGGAUAGCCAACUCUUACAGCUUGUGACCAGCCAACAGGGCCCGGCAUGCAAUGUCUCCCCAAACAAUAUUGCCUAUGUCCUCUUCACGUCAGGCAGUACAGGCACUCCGAAGGGGCUAGUAAUGCAACAUCGAUCUGUGUGUACAAGCCAGAUAGCGAUAGCUAAGAGGCUUCGCCUGACACCAGAAGUUCGAAUACUUCAAUUCGCAGCGUUUGUUUUCGAUUUAUCAAUUGGCGAAAUCAUCGCCACCCUUAUUACAGGAGCAUGCUUAUGCGUUCCAUCAGAGCACGCUAGGCUAAACGAACUUACAAAGUUUAUUCAAGCGAUGGAUGUUAACUGGGCCUAUCUAACGCCUUCUUUUGUACGGACCCUUAACCCAGAUGAUAUGCCAAAUCUAGAGCUCUUACUGCUUGCGGGUGAAGCAGUUCCUCGUGAUGUUCUAACAGCCUGGUUUGGCAAAGUUCGUUUAAUAAACGGAUGGGGACCGGCUGAAACUUGUGUAUUUAGUACUUUGCACGAGUGGAAGUCUAUUGACGAGUCGUCUCUUACAAUUGGACGCCCUGUUGGCGGCUUUUGCUGGAUUGUUGAUGUUGAAGAUUCUGGUCGCCUUGCACCUUUCGGCACGAUCGGUGAAAUCGUUAUCCAAGGCCCGACUCUCUUGCAGGAGUAUCUUGCAGAUCCAGAACGUACCAAUGCUUCCAUCAGGCCAUCUACAGAAUGGUGCCCUCGUCCGGAUGGAACGAAUUGGAACAGAUUCUACAAGUCCGGCGAUCUUUGUCGUUAUAAUACAGACGGCACUAUCGAGUUUUCGACACGUAAAGAUACGCAAAUCAAGAUUCGCGGCUUACGUGUUGAACUAAGCGAAGUUGAGUACCAUAUCCAACAGGCUUUAACAGGUGUGCGUCAGGUAGCUGUUGACCUGUUCAAUGGCGAUAAUGGCUCUGCUCUCGUUGCCUACAUUUGCUUCAGUGAUGAAACAAGGACACCUGGCAUCGAGGUCGACAAUUCGAAUACGCCCUUCUCAUCACCCGACGAAAGUUUACGGAAUCAGCUGAUAGCUCUCGUUGGAGAACUAGGCGUUGCCUUGCCCCGAUAUAUGAUCCCAACACUGUUUAUUCCCUGCAAAUAUAUGCCAUUUAUCACCUCUACAAAAUUAGAUAGAAAAUUAUUGCAGAGGCUACUAUCGUCACUUAGCCGAGAUCAGCUAGCUAUCUAUUCGUUAUCUAACAACGAGAAACGCCAGCCGCAGACCGAAAUGGAGCGACGUCUACAACUAAUAUGGGCGGAAAUUAUGAACUUGCCAAUGGACUCUAUUGGCAGGGAUGAUACCUUCUUCCAGUUAGGAGGCGAUUCUAUCAUGGCUAUUUAUCUCGUUUCAACAGCCCAGGAGGACGGUAUUUCUCUCACCGUAAAGGACGUAUUUGAUGACCCUAGAUUAUUGGCUGUGGCCUCAAAGGCUGUUAUCGCGCAAGAUGCUAUGGAUUUAGCAGAUUCUACUCCAGAUCCAUUCAGUCUACUGCCCGAAUCGCAACAAAGCCUUAUCCUACUAGGCAAGAUUCGCAAAGAGUGUGGCCUUCUCAACGAUCAAACUAUCAUAGAUGCAUAUCCCUGCUCUUCUCUCCAAGAGGGCCUCAUCGCUCUUACCGCGAAGCAACCGGGAUCAUAUGUUGCUACUUAUGCCCACCAUUUAUCCAAUUCAGUGGAUAUCCCCAUGUUUAUGGCCGCAUGGGACUCAGUUGUGGAGGUGUGCGACAAUCUUCGAACACGCAUUAUUGUUUUAGAUGGCGUUAUGGUGCAAAUAUUACUCGACAAUGACAGUAACUGGGUGUCUGCUGACAAUGAGACCCUUGAGUCGAUGACUGGAUCAUCACGGAAUUUGAAGAUGGGAUACGGAACUCCUCUUUGCUGGUACGCAAUUGUGUCUGACAAGGGCGAAAACUACUUCGUUUGGUCCGCCCAUCAUUCUAUUUACGAUGGAUGGACAAUGAGAGUCAUGUUCUCGGCAUUAUAUUGUGCCUAUCAGGGAGAUUAUGCGCCUGAGGUGCGAGUGCGACCCUUCUCUACUUUCAUCAAAUCCAUAAAGGAGCAUGACAGUGACAAAUUUGCAUCCUACUGGAGAGAAGAACUUGCCGGGGCAAAACGUACCUCAUUCCCAUCUCGCCGAACUGUCUUGGGUAGCACAGAAACCAAGAGAUACAGCUCAACGAUUGCAUUUUCAAGAUCCGUGAAAAGUUCCAUCACGCAAGCCUCGAUCCUGCGAGCAGCGUGGGCCAUUGUCCUCGCCCGGUACUGCGAUAGCAACGACGCAGUGUUCGGCGCGACUGUUUCAGGUCGUCAAGCAAAAAUACAAGGAGCAGAAAUGAUAGCUGGGCCGAUGAUUGCCACCGUCCCCAUCAGAGCUCGUCUUAAUAACCAGGCACCGAUAUCAAGAUUUCUUCAAGACAUCCAAAACCUGAGCUCGGCCAUGAUUCCUUACGAACAGUUUGGUAUACAGAAUAUUUCCAAGGUCAGUCCGGAAGCUAAGGAAGUUUGCGACUUCUCAAGUCUGUUAGUCGUCCAGCCUCCUGCACACGGAGCAGCCGAUGAUGGCGACGAUAGCAUAUUCAUUAUUGACGAAUCCGCAAACGAUCUUACGAUGAAUGCCAUGGAUGGCUACUUUAAUUAUCCUUUUGUGAUCAUUAGCAAUCUCUAUACCGACAAAAUCCAGCUGAAUCUCUUCUACGACCCUGCAGUAUUAUCAGAACCUCAAGUAGUCGCUUUGGCGUCUCAUUUAGACCAUGUCACUCAACAGUUGCUUGCCAGAGAGGCCGUCAACGCGCCGUUGAGUUCGGUGAAUCUUCUCAGCCCCUGGGAUCUCCAACAUGCAGUUGAAUCAGCCCGCUUAAAACCUUCUAGUGAGACAUGCACUCAUUGGCUCAUUCAAGAAACCGUCCAAUCUCGACCAGAUGACAUAGCUAUCUCGUCAUGGGAUGCAGAGCUGACCUACUCUCAAGUCGGCACGUUGGCUUCUCGUUUGGCAGUUAAAUUACAAGCACGCGGAGUUGGCCCCGAAAGUCUGAUUCUUUUGUGCUUCCCCAAGUCCGCAUGGGCCGUGAUCGCCAUGGUGGCUGUCGAAAUGGCCGGCGGCGCCUUUGUUCCUCUUGAUCCGUCGGCCCCAGCUGCUCGUCUAAAAGGCAUUAUUGAUGACACUCAUGCAACUCUCGCUAUAGCUAGUCCAUCCAGCAGCAAGGUACUUGAGGGACUUGGUGUCGAAAUCAUGUCGGUUGAUCAGGAAGUGCUCUCUGGACUACCUGACCCAGUUAGUAAAGUGGUAUCCAAUGUCCAACCUCGAAAUGCAAGCGUCAUACUUUUUACUUCCGGAUCUACUGGUAAACCAAAGGGUAUGGUCAUCCAACAUAAUAACCUUUGCUCGUCAAGCGAUGCUUACGGCAAUGAUCUCAAUAUCGGGCCAGGUACACGAGUCUAUCAAUUUUCAGCCUACACCUUCGACGUCGGCGUCCUAGACUGUCUUGUAUCUCUUAUGCGCGGUGCCUGUCUAUGUAUUCCCUCUGAUCACGACCGGAUGAAUAAUCUGUCAGGUUCUAUGCGGUCCCUGAAAGCUAAUUGGGUAUUCCUAACCCCCACAGUUGCUGACCUAUUGUCUCCCACUGAUGUCCCAGACUUAAAGAUAGUAUGUCUUGGUGGUGAGGCAAUUAGUAAGAAGUGCGCAGACCGCUGGGUAAACCAUGUCGAGUUGCAUGGUCUCUAUGGACCGGCUGAGGCGUCUAUCUGCGCAUGGAAUCCCCUAGUUGGCAAGUCUGGUCGGUCAACUAACCUAGGAAGGCCGAUCUCCAGCGCCUUCUGGGUUGUUGAACCAAGCAACGUUAGGCAGCUUGUGCCUGUAGGAUGCAUUGGUGAACUUCUAAUUGAGGGUCCCAUGCUUGCGCGCGGCUAUUUGAACGUUAGCGCUGAAGUUGCUGCAAAUUGGAUAGAAGACGUGGACUGGCUUCCUGGUGGACGGAAGAGAGUAUACCGCACAGGCGAUUUGGUUCGCAGGAACGCUGAUGGCACAUUUGACUAUAUGGGACGCAAGGAUACUCAAGUCAAGCUCCACGGCCAACGUGUCGAGCUUGGCGAGAUUGAGUCACAAAUUCAUGAAUUCCUUCCUCGAAACAUGGCUGCCAUUGUCGAUAUUGUUACAGCAGAUGAUGAGAAUGCUACUAACAUUCUUAUGGCGUUCCUUUGGUAUACAGAAGAUAAUGAUGCUCCGUCACAAACUCUCCAGCUCAUGCAGAGUGUGUCAGAUCAAGCGCAGAGCAUCAUUUCUCAUCUAGAUUCGUCGUUAGCAGAAUCUCUGCCCUCAUACAUGAUUCCCUCUUCUUACCUGAUAUUUGAGGGUAAACCGGAACAGACAUCGUCUGGUAAAAUCAACCGACGUUCUCUCGUGGAGCUUGGCCGUAGUGUCUCCGUCCAGGAUCGCUUGCGCUUCACUCCUGACGCUAUUGAUCAUGAAUUGCCUACAACUCCAAUGGAACUUCAACUACAGAGUCUCUGGGCUCAAGUCCUUAAAAUGGAUGAUCCUACUUUGAUUGGAAAACACGAUAGCUUCCUCCACCUUGGCGGCGAUUCAAUCAGUGCAAUUGAAUUAGUCUCAUUGGCUCAGCAGCGGAAUAUUAGCCUCACAGUAGCGAUGAUCUUCAAAAAUCCGCGACUCUCGUCUAUGGCUGAGACCAUCCAAACAGACUUCUCUCCGCUAUCUCCAACAUAUGAUGCCGCGAAGUUUAGCCUUAUCCCAAGCAAUGACAGAGAUAGCGCUCUCAGGGCAGUCAAAACCCAGUGCAAGAUUUCAGAUUCCGCAAAGGUCGAGGAUAUAUACCCCUGCACGGAUCUACAAACAGGUUUAAUGGCUUUGACUAUCAACCAGCCAGGAUCCUAUAUCGCAAAACAUGUCUACCAUCUGGCAUCACAUAUCGACAUUGAGCGGUUCAAACAAGCCUGGGAGAAAACAGUUGGCUACUGCACCAACCUUCGUACCCGGAUUGUGCUGUCUGGAAACACUGCAGUUCAAGCAGUUAUCCAAGAACCAAUUGAUUGGCCAUCAACUUACUCUGACCUCCGUUCGUUCCUUCUAUCACAGGAAAAUCGCAAUAUGACUUAUGGGUCGCCCCUAUGUCGAUACGCGGUGAUUACCCAAGGCAGCGAAAACUAUUUCGCCGUUAAUAUUCAUCACACUGUCUUCGAUGGAUGGACAUUGUCAAUAAUGCUGAGAACGUUGCAUGCCAUGUAUUCUCAGGUUCAACCACCGUCUAUUCAGCCAUAUACCAACUUUAUCAAGUACGUUAUGGAUCUUGAUCAAGAGAAUGCACGUGAAUAUUGGUCUACACAGCUCCGUGGCGUCAGACGUACAACGUUCCCAGUGGGAACCACCCAAUCGAAGCCAUCAUCUUCCUCACAGAAAGUUGCAGGCUUGCUGAAUAAACAAGUUCACUUUCCACGACCCCCAAAAUCCUCCAUAACCCGAGCUACUAUUCUUCGCGCAACAUGGGCAUUGUUACUAGCACAGUACGAUCAUUCUGAUGAUGUUUGCUUUGGCACAACUGUCUCUGGGCGACAAGCUCCAGUUCAAGGUGUGGAUGAAAUGCCCGGACUUGUCAUUGCCACGGUUCCCAUAAGGGUUCAACUUGACAGACGGCAAACGAUUUCAGCUCUCUUUGAAUAUAUACAAGAUCAAGCAUUUGAGAUGAUACCUUAUGAGCAAUACGGAAUAGCAAACAUCUCCAGAAUUAGUAACGACACCAAGGAAGCAUGUAAUUUUACAAAUCUUCUUAUUGUCCAGCCGGCUCAACAAUUCGUUCCCACUGGUAAUGCAACUGAGCCAGCUAUGUUCUAUCCGGCUGUGACCGAAGGCCUUGCCGAAGGUGAACUGCUCGGUGAUUACUUCAGCUAUCCUCUUGUGAUGCAGUGCCAGUUGCUUGAGGAUGAUGUUCAGUUAGGCUUGAUAUAUCAACAGGAUGUUAUCAAUGACUCUCAGGUGAAUGCACUUGCUGAGCAAUUUUCUUACAUCCUUGAACAGCUCCAAGGUGCGGGUGACGCCACAUUGGCAGAACUAUCAGCUGCAAGUCCUUGGGAUAUAGAGCAAGUCAUCAAACGAAACAACUAUAGCAUUGAGCCGAUCGAAUCAUGUGUACAUGAAUUGAUCUCAAUUCAAGCUGCUAAGAAUCCCCAGCAGGAAGCUCUCUAUUCAUCUUCUGGAAGCAUGACGUAUAGAGAGAUUGAGCAGUUGUCGAAUCAACUUGCUUCACACCUCAUUCAGCUUGGCGUUAAGUCAGAGACGAUUGUACCUUUCUGCUACGAAAAGUCAACAUGGUCAAUUAUCGCUAUGCUGGGUAUCAUGAAGGCAGGUGGCGUCUUCCUACCAUUAGAUCCAGCCCACCCACUCAAUCGUCGCCAAGCCCUAGUCGAUGAAACAAGCGCCCAAUUCAUGAUCGUUUCCCCUACUACAGCCAAAGAAUGUGAAGGCAUGACGAAAAACAACAUUGAGCUCUCACCGACUUUCUUUGCGAGCGCGAAUAGUUCUGUCACGACUCGAAAAUUCAAGCCUAUUAAACCUAAGCCUGGAAGCGCAAUGUAUAUAUUGUUUACCUCUGGAUCAACAGGAAAACCUAAAGGUGUCAUUAUUGAACAUAAAGGCAUAGCCAGCUUUCUAUUUAGGAGCUGCGAAAUUCUAAAUAUGGGUGGUGACUCGAGGAUGCUUCAAUUCUCCAGCUAUGUCUUUGAUGCCUCUAUAUUUGAGAUUUUUGCUGUCUUAAUAUCUGGAGGUACUGUUUGUGUCCCUACCGAGACAGAGCGUAUGCAGCAUACGGCAAACUUCAUUGAGAAAGGCCGGAUUAAUAGUGCCAUUCUUACACCGACAUUUGUGAAGACACUCAUUCCAGAACUAGUUCCUUCACUAGAAAUUCUGCUCCUUUGUGGCGAAGCUCCGCCUAAAGAGAUCGUAGAUUUGUGGCGGCAACAUGUCAGCCUCUGGAAUGCAUAUGGACCUACCGAAACAUGCGUCAUGUCCACUCUCCAUCACUAUACAGAUAUAGCAACACCAGCUACAACUAUUGGCCGCGGGUUCGCUCAUCAUUGUUGGGUUGUGAAUCCAGAAAACCACCAUGAGCUUACACCUAUCGGAUGUGUCGGUGAACUCUUAGUACAGGGAGAAUCUCUAUCACGUGGCUACAUCAAUGACGAGGAAAAGACAAAUAAUGCAUUUAUUACCCAUGUCAAGUGGCUUCCUGACAAUAUUGACAUUGGAAAACGCCGGUUCUAUAAGACUGGCGAUCUAGUCCGAUAUAACCAUGACGGAAGCCUUGAUUACCUUGGCCGCAAGGAUACUCAAGUUAAGAUUCGUGGCCAGCGUAUAGAGCUUGGUGAGAUUGAGUAUCAAAUUAAGCUUCAAUCUUCUGAGAUCAAGCAUGCGGUAGUUGACAUUAUCUGUGAUGAUAUACAUCAAUCUCUCGUUGCAUUCGUGAGUUUGUUUGGCGACAAGGGCCCCAGCGAGGCUACGCCGGUUCAGUUAAUGUCACAUAACAACGAGCUACAAGAGCUUUUCUCCCAGUUGGCUGCAAACCUGACUACAGUUCUGCCAAGCUACAUGGUUCCCAAGUACUUUAUUGCAGUCGAGUCCAUGCCACUCAAUACGUCGGGUAAACUUGAUCGAAAAGCACUUCUGCAGACAGCUACAAGUCUUUCGAGGGAAGAUCUAGCUGUUCAUUUGGCGGGUCAGCGUCUGCCGUUCCGUGAUGCUUCAUCCGAUCUCGAACACUGGAUCCGAGCGCAAUGGGCAGAUAUUCUUGAAAUGCCAAGAGAAGCAAUUAGUGUGGAUGACAACUUCUACCAAUUAGGUGGUGAUUCCAUUCGCAUCGUUAAUGUCUCGAGACGUAUACUUGACAAGUUCGGUGUGUCUCUUGGCAAUACUCUCAUGAACAGCAAGCAUACAACUAUCAGCAAUAUGGCCAAGUAUAUUUCCUUAAGCGCAGAGAAUGGGGCCACACAAGUAGACCAUUCAGAUGCAGACAUCGACUUAAUGGUUAAGAUCAAUUCGAUUUCCAACCUCCCUUGGAUGAUACAACCACAUGGCCUUCAAGAAACCCCCAGAAACACGCUCCCUGGUCAAGCAACAGUAUUCCUGACCGGCGCUACUGGUUUCCUUGGUACUGAAAUUUUGAAACAGCUGGUGCGGAACCCUGUGAUAAAAACCAUUGCCGUUCACGUCCGUUCGAAAUCACUAGCACAGGGUAUGGAUCGAAUCCGGGACACAGCCAAAAUUGCUGGCUGGUGGCGUGAGGAGGAUAUGGAAAAGUUGGAAAUUUGGUUGGGUGACCUCGCCAAGCCACAUCUCGGUCUCACAGAAGCACAAUGGGAACGCCUCUCUGGUUUGUCGAAAUCAGAGGCUAAUAUCAAUGCCAUUGUCCACAACGGAGCAUCUGUGAACUGGAAUGCCAAUUAUGAUACUCUGUGUGCUGCUAACGUCACCUCGACUGUUGAUCUGUUGAUGGCAACAUCAACAUCACCAUAUGAGCCCAAGUUUGUGUUUGUGUCUGGCGGCGCCUUUGUGGAUCCAGCUGAAAAUCAGGUUGUGUCUGCAGCGAUCCUCAAUAGCGUCAAUGGAUACUCACAAACCAAAUUUGUCUGCGAGUCUGUCAUUUCAAACAUCGCCAGCAGCCUCCCUGCCAACCAGAAUCGAGUAUCAAUUGUCAAGCCUGGGCGAAUCAUUGGUACAGUGGAGCACGGUGUCGCCAACGUCGAUGACUUUGUCUGGCGCGUGGUCUCUACGGCAGUAUCAAUACACGCUUACCCGGAGGAACCAUCGGAUCACUGGAUGGUUAUGCAAGACGUGGGCAUUGUUGCGUCGAAUGUCUUAAACCAGCUCUUUACCGAUACAAUCAAGCCAUUCUCCAUGCUUGCAAGUGGUAUGCCAUUAUCUGUCUUCUGGGAUCAAGUCAACUCUGGACUGGAAGUCCCAUGUAAGCCGCUAUCCUGGCAGGAAUGGACUGAACUCGCGUUAGCAUCAAUGAACCGAGUUGGCAACAAGCAUCCACUAUGGCCGGUGCAACAAUUCCUUGGCCAGCUCGGCCUACCACCAAGCAUUAUACAAUUGUCAAAUGCGGGGACUCCCGAGUGCAAGCAGUCUACGAUGGCCAUUGAGAGUAAUAUGCGAUAUCUCAGGAAGAUUGGAUUUAUUCAUUCGUCGGAGGAUGGGUUUGGCAGCGAUCAGCGCGAGGGUACGAUUCGACGUGUGCAUACGCUAGGAGGUUAA